GCCACCUUCAUCGCCAAAGUGGGCGGCGACCCGAUCCCCAGCGUGAAGUGGAUGAAGGGGAAGUGGCGGCAGGUGACGCACGGCGGCCGCAUCUCCAUCGACCAGAAGGGCCGCGAGGCCAAGCUGGAGAUCCGGGAGGUCACCAAGUCGGACUCGGGUCAGUACCGCUGCGUCGCCGCCAACAAGCACGGCGAGAUCGAGUGCGCCGCCGACAUGCACGUGGACGAGAAGAAAGGGGCGGAGCAACCGGACGGAGACCUGCGCGCCAAGCUGAAGAAGACGCCGUCCAAGCAGAAGAGUCCUCAGGAGGAGAAGGACGUGGACAUCGUGGAGCUGCUGAGGAACGUGGACCCCAAAGAGUACGAGAAGUACGCGCGCAUGUACGGCAUCACGGACUACCGGGGCCUGCUGCAGGCCAUCGAGCAGCUGAAGAAGGAGAAGGCCGAGGAGGGCGGCAGACCGGAAGUGGAACGUGGAAGCAGAGAGUCUGACGAGGACAUGGCCCGACUGGUGGCCGACCUGCAGAAGAGGAUGGAGCGCACCGAGCCCGUCACCGUGGUGAAGGACAUCGCCGACAUGUCUGUCUCCACCAACAAGGAGGCGGUGUUUGAGUGCGAGGUUAAGAUCAACUACCCAGAGAUCACCCUGUCCUGGUACAAGGGCACCCAGAAGCUGGACACCGGCAACAAGUACGACAUCAGCAUCAGCGGAGAGCGCCACCUGCUGAAGGUCAAGAGCUGCCAGCCCGCCGACCAGGGCAACUACCGCGUGGUGUGUGGGCCGCACAUCUCCAGCGCCAAGCUCACCGUCAUGGAGGUGGAGAAACAUCUGCAGGACACUUCGGGUAAGGAAGGCCAGCUGUGCUCUCUGUCUUGUCAGUUGUCCGUCCCGAACGUAGAGGCUCAGUGGUUUAGAAACAGCCAGCGUUUAGAGAUGAAGGGCAGGUACUCGUCAGAGGUCCAUCACAAGGUUCAGAAGCUUCUGAUCAGAGACCUGAAGACUGAAGACCAGGGCCGCUACACCUGCAAGUACCAGAACCUGGAGUCCAACGCAGACCUCUGGGUCGAAGCCGAACAAAUUCAUUUCACCAAACGCAUCCACAACAUCGAAGUCAACGAGCGCCAGGCGGCCACCUUUGAGUGCGAGGUGUCCUUCGACAACGCCGUCGUGUCGUGGUACAAAGACACCUGGGAGCUGCGCGAGAGCCCCAAGUACAACUUCACGAGCGAGGGCCGAAGACAUUUCAUGAUCAUCCGAAACGUGGCCAUCGAAGACGAAGGCGUGUAUUCUGUGAUUGUGAGGUUGGAGCCCAGAGGAGAGGCUAAGAGCACAGCUGAGCUUUAUUUGUCUGGCAAAGAAAUUGAAUUGGCAAUGGUGCCCUUCGAUGUCCCAGACUCGUCAGUUCAGAGACCCGAAAUUCAAGAAUCUGCUGAAUUCUAUCACCAUCAGGAAGAGAUGGAACAAAGAGUGGAGUCUGAGCGCUGGACAGAAGAGACGGUGACACAGCAGGUGUCCUCGGCCCAAGUUGCCAGAGUCGCCAUUGAGGAGAAAGUGGAGACCAAGAAAGUUGAAAUGAGAGAGGAAACCCCAACCAAAGUUCCCAAAGCUGAGAAAAGGCCUGAAGAGAAGCCGGCGGCAGCUGUGAAGGAGCCAUCGCCACCAAAAGCUCCGGAGGCCAGAAAGCCAGUGGAGGAGAAGGUCGCUGCAGUUUUAGUCCCAGAGAAGAAGAAAGCUGCGUCUCCAAAAGCACCAGAGGAGGUACAGAAGCCUGCCGCUGCCCCCCCGACGCCCGCCGAGAAGCCGGGAAUGCCAAAGAAAGAUGAGCCCAAGCCUCAGGUACCAGCUGAGCCCAAAAAAGUGGCACUCGCAGCUAAGCCUGCGCCCGAACCCCAACGGAGAGCAGAACUAGAACCCAAAGCGAAGCCCACGCCGGCUCCUAAAGCAGAACCCCAAGCCAGACCCACGGUCGAGCCCGAAGCUAAGCCGGCGCCGGUAAAGAAGCCGGUGACGCCGCCAUCCAAAGUCCCUGAGGCAAAACCAGAGCCGCCAAAGAUGCAGCCGGAACCAGCGGUAAAAAAGCCAGAACCAGAGGUUCGAAAAGUGAAACCAGAACCAGAAAAACCCAAACCAGAAGUCCGUAAACCCGAGCCUCUUGUAGCAAAGCCAGAACCGGCUGGCACGAAACCUGAACCUCUAGCUAAAAAACCUGAACCUGCAGUGGUCCAGAAACCUGAACCUGCAGUGGUCUCCAAACCUGAACCUGCAGUGGUCCAGAAACCUGAACCUGCAGUGGUCCAGAAACCUGAACCUGCAGUGGUCCCCAAACCUGAACCUGCAGUGGUCUCCAAACCUGCAGUGGACCAGAAACCUGAACCUGCAGUGGUCCAGAAACCUGAACCUGCAGUGGUCCAGAAACCUGAACCUGCAGUGGUCCCCAAACCUGAACCUGCAGUGGUCUCCAAACCUGCAGUGGACCAGAAACCUGAACCUGCAGUGGACCAGAAACCUGAACCUGCAGUGGUCCAGAAACCUGAACCUGCAGUGGUCCCCAAACCUGAACCUGCAGUGGUCUCCAAACCUGCAGUGGACCAGAAACCUGAACCUGCAGUGGUCCCCAAACCUGCAGUGAAAAAAGCUGAACCUGAAGUUAAAGUGCCAAAACCAGAACCUCCGAAGACCAAACCCGAACCGAAGCCUGCACCAAAGGACUCUCUUAAGAAAGUUCCCGUCGAGGAAAAACUACCCGAGCCUCCAAAAGCAGCCAAGGUACCAGAAGCUUCCGCCGCUCCUCCCAAAGAAGAGCCGAGGCCGACCCAGAAAGCUUUGAAGCCCAAACCUAAACCUGAACCAGUACCUCAGAAGGUGUUUGAGGAACCUGCUCAAAUACCUGAAGCGGUACCUGAGAGACGGCCUCCAGCGGCAGAGAAGACCCCUGAGAGGGUCCUAGAGAAGGUUGUGGAGGAAACUCCAAAGAGGGCAGCGGAGGAGAAGGUAGCAGAGAGGUCUCCUCCUGAGGAGACACCUGAGGACCCUGCCCCGGUGUCCAAGAAACUACCAGAGACGAUCUCUGUAGAUAAAAUACCGGAGAAGAUACCUGAAGCUAAACCCAAGCCUGAAGCUAAACUCAAACCUGAAGCUAAACCCAAACCUGAAGCUAAACCCAAACCUGAAGCUAAACUCAAAGAAAGUCUUCCUAAAGAAAUAGAAAGCAAGAAGCCUGAGAAGACUCUGCGCUCUGGAGAGAAGGCUGUGUCUCCUCCAGAACAAGGGACCACGGGUCUCGUGAAGAUGGAUCGACAGAGAGGAGCUCAGAAGGAUCAGGAAGUGUUUUACGACGGGGAGGCGUGGGCGCACGAGGAGGAGGAGGAGGAGGAGGAGCACGCUGACGCGUCCUACGAGGACGACGUGGCUCCUCGGAGCGAGCCGGCGGCGUUGUCGUCAGGAGACUUCUCAAGUUCCACAGAGCGAGCCGGAGAUCAGCGGUCUGAGCUGAGAGCUGAGAUGUCUGUUACUGGCUCUUCAAAGAGGAAAGAAACCACUAAACACAAGAAAACAAUAGAAACCAUUGUUGUAGUCCAGGAAGCCGACAGAGACCGGGAGCUCCCGGCGCCGCAGGACAGAACCACAAGAGAGACGAGGGGAGACCAGGUCUUCAUCAGGACCCUGGAGUCGCCCGGAGAGGUUCCCGACCUUCCAGUCAGACAGCUGCAGGAGCAGAAGGUCACAGAGGUCACAAAGGUCACAGAGACAGCCGAGACCAGCAUGCACACAGAAAGCAGAGAGAGACAGGAAGGCAGGAGAACUACGACAGUUAAAGAAAUAGAGUCAGAAACCACUGAGCCAGUUACGCUCAGUAGAAAGGUCUCCUACCAGGAAUCAGUCCAGGUGAUUUCAGGUAAACGAGAAGAGGAGGACAGUCGAGCUGAGAAGAUCACGGUCCAGCAGACAGAAGUCACAGCUACAGACAAAGCAGCACUAGUCACUCGAGUGAGAAGGGUUGAAGAGAAAAAGAGUAGAAGAGAGGAAACGGUAGUUCAGCCAGCACCAGAGAAACAAGAGAAGUUCAAGUCUGUUGAGGUCAUUAAGAAAGCAACAGCUCAAGAGGAGGUGACCCUCAGGGGAGCAGCAGAAGAGUCAGUAACAGACAUCCGGCCCCAGAGGCCAGGAGGGAUCCGACAGACGGAGUCUGACUUCAAAGUAGAAACCAAGAAGAAGGAGUUUAAAGAUGAAGAAACAAGUCUUUUAAAGGGGGGAGCGGUGGAGAAGAGAAGGCUUUCCCCUCCAGCUGCUUCCAGAGAAGCCGAAGUCGAGGCCGAGACGAUUGUUGCGGCUCCGCCUCCUGAGAAACUGGAGAUAAAAGGCAAAGGAGCGGAGCGAGUUCCCGUGAAGGAGAAGGAGUCUCCAGCUCAAGUUAAAGAACCCCUGGUGAAGCCAGUUGCUCCUCCAGAAGAGAGCAAACCACAGGCGGCUGUCAGAGUGCAAGAAGCUGGCAAGAAGACAGUUACUCCUAAAGAGGACGCAGCGCCAGUCACGAAGCCAGAGCUCGUCGUAAAGACCAAAGAACCAGCCAGGAAGGUGGACGAAGGAAAACCAGCGGUGGUUAAAAAGAUAACUCCUGAAGCAGAUGAAACCAAAGGACCAGUCCAAGCACCAGGAGGAGUCAAGAAAGAAAUUCUUCUGCAGAGAAAAAGUAUUAUUCACACGGAAGAGGAGGGUACGUUUGCGAUUCCUACUUUGAGGAAAACUACCAGAGUGAUAAAGGAAGUGGAAGAGGAGCAGGAGAUCAUCAAACUGAAGAAGAUUCCAUCAGGUACACCCCAAGAGACCGAAGAAGAGGAAAAACCCCAGAAGGUCACCAAGACCACCAUAUUUGAUGUUGAGGAGCUGGUGCACAGAGAAGAGACGGUGGAGAUGUCCGUCGCCACCAGGAGACCCGCGGAGGAGAGGAAACCUCGAGAGAGAGCCGAUGUGGUGAAAAAGCCAGAAGUUGUGAAGCCGAAAGAGCAGGAAGAGAAAGAAGCUCCUAAAGAUGCAUGGACCCGCAAGAAGCCCGCUCCACCAGAUGAGAAACCAGAAGAGAAGAUCUCUAUUAAGAAAACUCCCAGGGCACCAAAGGCAGAGGAAGCUGCUGCGCCGACUGCAGCCUUGAAGAAAGUGAAGAAAUUGCCUUCAGAUGAGCUGGAAGCAGAGUUAGUGAAACUAAAACCCUUUGAGAAGCCUGUUGAACCAGCUGAGGAGCCAGAGAAGGACAAGAAGGAGAGGCCCGACAGGGACACGGUCGCUUUCCAAAAGCUGGAGAGGAUCCCCAAAGAGGUGGAAACCAAAGAAUCUCCCAAGAAGCCGGAGAAGGCUCCUCCAGAGGUAAAGGAGCCAGCAGCCAAGGUGCCAAAGCCAGGAGAUACUUCAGAGAAAGAGCCCAAGGAGGUCAAACUGCUCACCAAGGGGAAGAAAGUCCCACCGAAGGAACAAGAGACCGAGAGCGUGAAGCUGAAGCCCUUCUCCAGGCCUUCCAAAGAAGCUGCAGAGCCGGAGAAGAAACCAGCAGAGGAGAAGGAGAGGAAGCCCGCCGAGGAACUGCAGCGCCGCCGCACCAGUCCAGAGGAUGAACCAAAAGAACGAGAGCCACAGGCGUCGCCGAAGAAGCCUGAGAUCCCAGAACCUCCAGAGAAGAAGCCAGAGAAGGUGGUGGAGGUGGCUCCAGCAGAGAAGACGCUGCCGGUUCCUGUGAAGAAACCAGAAAAGGUUCCUGAGGAGCCCGAGCCUCCGAAGCUGAAGAAGGGAGUCCCACCCAAAGCUAAAGAAGAGCAAGAAGAAGUGCCUCUGAAGCCUUUGGAGCAGCUCAAGAAGGUGCAGCUGAAAAAGACUCCGUCUCCAAAGGUUGAGAAGCUUAAAGAAGCCGUCCCUGUUGAGAAGAAGCCCAGUGUUGAUCACCUCAAGAGGAUUCCUAAACCUGUGACGCCCAGAGACUCCGUGGAAGCUGUGACUCUCAAAAAGGUCCUGAAGAAGCCGUCACCAGAGGAGGCUGCAGAACCAGCGAAGCCCGGCAAAGGAAAGAUCCCCCUGGGGAAGGAGGUCUCUCCUGGAGCCGUGCAGAUGAAGAAGGUCGACACCCGGCCGGAGGAGGAGGUGGCCGAAGAGGAGGCAAAGGAAGAGGCGCAGCAGGAGGAAGAAGAGGCCUGGGGCUGGGAGCUGGUUCCCCGAGACAGUUACGGCUCUGAAGACUGGGAGGGUGAAGGGGAGGAAGGUGCUCUGGAGGCUCCAGGGGUCACCAGGAGAGAGGGACAACCGGCAGAAGAAGCAGGAAGAGGCCGGGGAAGAGGCCUGAAACCCAAGCAGACCCCGUCCCCUGGAGAAGGAAGGGGCCGCGGCCUGAAGCCCGGUGGAAAAGGCCCUUCGCCGCCAGAUGAACCCUUCGCGGGAUUCAAGCUCAAAGCCGUGCCGCUGAAGUUCAUCAAGAAGAUUCAGAACAUCAUGCUGCAGGAGGCCGAGUCCAUCGGCUCGGCCGCCGUGUUCGAGUGCGAGGUGUCGCCCUCCACCGCCAUCGCCACGUGGAUGAAGGACGACUGCAACCUGCGCGAGGACCCCAAACACAAGUUCACGUCUGACGGCAAAGACCGCAAGCUGAACAUCAUCGAUGUGCAGCUGUCCGACACCGGGGAGUACACGUGCAUCGCCAAGAACGCCGGGAAGGAGAUAUCCUGCACGGCCAAGCUGGUGGUGGAAGAGCUCCCCGUCAAGUGGAUCAAAGAGCUGGAGGAGGACACCUCUGCUCUGAAGGGUCAGCCUCUGUACAUGACCUGUGAGCUCAACAAAGAGAGGGAUGUGAAGUGGAAGAAGAACGGAGAGGUCCUGAAGAAACAGGCCGGGAAGGUUCAGAUCAACAUCAUCGGGAUGCAGCACGCCGUGACCAUCCAGGGCACCACCCUGGCCGACGCCGGGCUCUACUCGUGUGAGGUGGCCAACCAGGAGGAGGUCAAGACUGCAACCAAUGUCAAAAUCAUUGAAAUCAUCAAGGAUUGGAUCGUGAAACCACUGAGAGACCAGCAUGUGAAACCGAAGGCCGAGGCCACGUUCAGAUGUGAGCUGUUCAAGGAAAGCCCCAACUGGAAGUGGCUCAAAGGAGAGACCGAGAUCUCUCCUUCUGACAAGGUGGAGAUCAAGAAGGACGGAAAGGAGCUGACGCUCACCAUCAGGAACUGCCAGCCUGAUGACGUAGCAGAGUACGCCAUGGAGGUGGAGGGACGCGUCUACACGGCCAAGCUCACACUUGGAGAGCGGGAGGCGGAGAUCCUGAAGCCUCUGGCCAGCGUCGAGGUGGUGGAGAAGGAAGACGCCAAGUUUGAGACGGAGAUCUCUGAGGAGGAUGUUGCAGGAGAAUGGAAGCUCAAAGGAGAGGUGUUGACCAGAUCCCCGAUGUGUGACAUCCAAAUGGAGGGUGGGGUUCGUAGACUCACUCUGAAGAACUGCCAGGUGGACCAGGCCGGAGAAGUGUCCUACCAGGCUCUCAACGCCGUGACCAGCGCCAUGCUCAACGUCAAAGAGAUCGAAAUGGACUUUGUUGUCCCGCUGAAGGACAUUUCUGUGCCUGAGAAGAAGCAGGCUAAGUUUGAAUGCUCCAUCACGAAGGAUGUCUCUAAGGUCAUGUGGUACAGAGACGGCGACGUCAUCACCACCGACCAAAAGUAUGACAUCAUCGAUGAUGGAAAGAAGCACAUGCUGAUCAUUAACUGCUGUGAAUUUGACGACGAGGACGAGUACACCGUUGCAGUUUUGGGCAAAACGUCCGCGGCUCGACUCACGGUGACGGGUAUCAGGCUCAAAUUCAUCUCGCCGAUAAAGGACCAAACGGUGAAAGAAGGCGCGACGGCUCGCUUUGAGCUGGAGCUUUCUCACCGGGACGUCCCCGUCACCUGGUACAAGAACGACGUGAAGAUCCACCCAAGCAGAACGGCGGUCGCCCACGUGGACGGAGAGAAACACGUUCUCGAGAUGAAGGAAGUGACUCUCGAUGAUACUUGCCAGAUUAAGGCGGAGGCCAAAGGAAUUCCUUCCAUGGCCAACCUUACGGUCAUAGAGGGAGAUGCGUACUUCACAGUGAAGCUGCAGGACUUCACCGCGGUGGAGAAGGACCAGGUGGUUCUAGGUUGCGAGCUCAGCAAAGACGUAGAAGUCGUGUGGUACCACAACGAGGCCGAGGUCAAGACCUCCAAGGGGGUGGCCGUUAAGGCCGAGGGCAAACGCAGAACCCUCGUCAUCAAGAAAGUGGGCGACGAAGACAAAGGAGCGUAUGUGUGCGACUGUGGAACCGACAAGACGACGGCGACGCUGCACAUCGAAGCUCGCCACAUCAAGGUGGUUCGGCCGGUCUACGGCGUCGAGGUGUUUGACGGAGAGACGGCCCGGUUUGAGGUGGAGCUCAGCGAGGACGACGUCCACGGCCAGUGGCGGCUGAACGGAGAACUGCUCAGUGCCUCCGCCGAUGUUGAGAUCGUGGAGGACGGCUCCAAACACACGCUGGUGUUGUACAACUGCAAAGUGCCUCUAACGGGCGAGCUGGCGUUUACCGCCGCCAACGCCAAGAGCUCAGCCAAGCUGAAAGUGAAGGAGCUGCCCGUCACCUUCAUCACGCCGCUGGCCGACGUGCACGUGUACGAAAAGGACGAAGCCAGGUUGGAGCUGGAGGUUUCUCGAGAGCCCAAAAGCUCCCGUUGGCUGAAGGGGUCUCAGGAGUUGUCCGACGACGAUAAGUUUGAACUCCUGGUGGAGGGAACGAGACACACGCUCGUGGUCAAAUCUGCCAAAUAUGAAGACGAAGCCAAGUACAUGUUUGAGGCUGAAGAUCAACGCACGUCUGGGAAGUUGAUGAUCAAAGGUAUUCGCCUCGAAUUUAUCAAGCCCAUUAAAGACGUGACCGUGAAGGAGCGCGAAACCGCCGAGUUCAGUGUGGAGCUCUCCCACGACGAGAUCCCGGUGGUCUGGUUCAGGAACGACGUCCGCCUGCACCCCAGCAAGCUGGUGCACAUGUCGGACCAGGGCAAGGGCCACACGCUGGCCUUCAAGGAGGUCUCCAUCGACGACACCUCCAUGAUCAAAGUGGAGGCCGCCGGCAAGACUUCCGAGGCCAUGCUCACCGUGCUCGAGGGCGACUUGUACUUCUCGGCGAGGCUCCAGAACUACACCGCCGUCGAGAAGGACGAGGUGAUUCUGUCCUGCGAGGUGAGCAAGGCCGGCGCCGAGGUCCGGUGGUUCAAGGGUGGAGACGAAAUCUUCCCCUCCAAGAACAUCCUCAUCCAAUCGGACGGCAAGAAGCGCACCAUGGUGAUCAAGAAGGCGGCAAAGAGCCACAUGGGAGCGUUCACCUGCGACUGCGGCACCGACAAAACCUCCGCCGACCUGAACAUCGAAGAGCGCGACAUCAAGGUUGUGCGCCCGCUCUACAGCGUGGAGGUCACCGAGACCGAGACGGCCAAGUUCGAGACGGAGAUCUCGGCCGAGGACCUUCACUCCACCUGGAAGCUGAAGGGAGAGACGCUCCACCCGUCUGCCGUAAGGCUCGAUGAAGCGCCUCGUCGUGAGCUCCACCUGGAGACCAGCGCACUGAACCGUGGGCUUUGUUCUCAGGACGUGGAGAUCAAGGAGGAGGGCGCCCGACACAUCCUGAUCCUCUUCAACUGCAAGAAGGACAUGGCCGGGAGCGUCGACUUCUCUGCAGCCAACGCCAAAUCUACGGCGCAGCUCCGGGUCAAAGCCCGGGUGGUCGGCCUGGCGAGAGCCCUGAACGACGCCACGGUGACGGCGGGCGAGACCGCCACCUUCGAGUGCGAGCUGUCCUACGAGGGCAUCGCCGUCGAGUGGUUCCUGGCGGGGGCCAAGGUGGAGCCCGGCGACAGAGUGGUGCUGAAGGCGGAGGCUAAAGUCCACAGUUUGACUCUGAGGGACGUUCGUCUGAAUGAAGCCGGACAAGUUAAACUCACCGCCAAAGACUUCCAGACUGACGCCAACCUCAUCGUCAAAGAGCCGGCGGUGGAGUUCUCCAAGCCUCUGGAGGACCAGACGGUGGAGGAGGAGGCGACCGCCACGCUGGAGUGUGAGGUCUCCAGAGAGAACGCAGAGGUCCGCUGGUUCAGAGACGGGCAGGAGGUCAGGAAGACCAAGAAGUACGAGAUGAUCGUGGACGUCUACAAGAGGGCGCUGGUGAUCCACGACUGCUCGAUGGACGACUCCAAGACCUACGCCUGUGACGCCAAGGACUUCAAGACCUCCUGCUUCCUCAACGUGGAGCCUAAACACAUCGAGUUCUCGAAGCCUCUCCGUGACGUGGAGGUAAAAGAAAAGGAAUCUGCCAGGUUUGAAUGUGAAGUGUCCAGAGAGGACGUCAAGGUCCGCUGGUUCAAAGACGGAAGUGAAAUCAGAAAGGGGAAGAAGUACGAAAUCAUCGCUCAAGGUCGCCAACACGUCCUCAUCGUCCACAAGUCCGUGUUCGACGACGAGGCGGAAUACGAAUGUGACGCCAAGACGGCCAAGUCCUGCGGCAUGCUGACCGUCAUCGAGGAGGAGACCCGGUUCAGCAAGAACCUGUCCAACGUGGAGGGCACGGAGACGGACAGCGUGAAGCUGAUCUGCGAGGUGUCCAAACCCGGCGCCGAGGUCACCUGGUACAAAGGAGACGAGGAGCUGCCGGAGGGCGGCCGCUACGAGCACAUCGUGGACGGCAAGAGGAGGAUCCUCCUCGUCCAGGACCUGAAGAUGAGCGACGCCGGAGACUACCACUGCAAGCUGAGCCCCGGCAUCAAGACCUCCGGCAGCCUCAAGAUCAACGAGCUGGCGGCCGAGUUCAUCUCCAGGCCCCAGAGCCAGGAGGUGGUGGAGGGCGAGAAGGCCGAGUUCACCUGCGCCGUCUCCAAGGAGACCUACGAGGUCACGUGGCUGAAGGGCGACAAGGAGCUGCAGGCGGGCGACAAACACCAGCUGGUGAGCGACGGCAAGCGGCGCACGCUGGUCAUCAGGAGCUGCGAGCCCCAAGACGAGGGCCAAUACGUGGUGAUGAUCGGACCGACCAGAGCUGGCGCUGACCUCACCGUGCUGGAGAAACUGAAGGUCAUCACGCCGCUGAAGGACACGGAGGCCAAAGAAGGUCAGGAGGUGGUCCUGAACUGCGAGGUGAACUCCGAGGGAGCGAAGGCCAAGUGGCUGAAGAACGAGGAGACGAUAUUCGAGAGCAGCAAGUACGUGAUGGUCCAGAGGGACAACGUCUUCUCCCUGAGGAUCAGAGACGCCCAGAAGGCCGACGAGGCCAACUACACCGUCAGCCUGACCAACCAGAGGGCGGAGCAGGCCAAGAGCGCCUGCAACCUCACGGUCAAAGAGGAGAGCCUGAGGAUCGUGGUUCCCCUGGAGGACGUCGACACUCAGGAGAAGAAGACCAUUUGCUUCACCUGCAAGGUCAACCGGCCCAACGCCACUCUGAAGUGGAUGAAGGCCGGCGAGGAGAUCGUCUUCAACAAGCGCGUGGUCUACCGCGUGGACCGAGACAAGCACACGCUGACCAUCAAAGACUGCACGCUGGCGGACGAGGGCGAGUACACCGCCGCGGCCACGGACGACAAGUCCACCGCCGAGCUGAUCAUCAGCGAGGCGCCCACGGACUUCAGCAUGCAGCUCAAGGACCAGACCAUCACGGAGUUCGACGACGCGGAGUUCACCUGCAAGCUGACUAAAGAGAAAGCCGACGCCAAGUGGUACAGGAACGGACGUGAGAUCAGAGAAGGACCGAGAUACACGUUUGAAAGAGACGGGAAGCUUUGCACCUUGCGCAUCAAGGAGUGCCGACCGGACGAUGAGUGCGAGUACGCCUGUGGCGUGGACGAGAAGAAAACCAGAGCCCGGCUCUUUGUUGACGAGACCCCGGUGGAGAUCGUCAGACCGCCUCAGGACGUGUUCGAACCCCCGGGCUCGGACAUCGUGUUCGAGGUGGAGCUCAACAAGGACCGGCAGGAGGUGAAGUGGUUGAGGAACAACAUGACGGUCGUCCAGGGAGACAAAUACCAGAUGGUCAGCGAGGGCAAAGUCCACAGGCUGCAGGUCUGUGAGAUCCGACCUCGAGACCAGGGAGAGUACAGGAUCGUCGUCAAGGACAAAGACGCCAAGGCCAAGCUGGAGCUGGCAGCGGUGCCUCAGAUCAAGACCACAGACCAGACCUACAUCACGGACGCCAGGAAGCCCAUCUCCAUGGCCGUCCCCUACAGCGCCUACCCGCAGGCCGAGGCCGACUGGCUGUACGACGGCCAGACUCUGCCCAGAGACAACGUCCACACGUCUGCCGACCGCUCCGAGUACCUCCUGAAGGACCCCGUGAAGACCGACGAAGGCCGAUACAAGAUCAUCCUCAAGAACAGACACGGACAGGGAGAAGCCUUCAUCAACCUGGAGGUCAUCGAUGUCCCCGGAGCCGUGAAGAACCUGCAGGUGGUCGACACCGCCGACGGCGAGGUCAGUCUGGCGUGGGAGGAGCCCGAGAGCGACGGCGGCAGCAAGGUCACCGGCUACGUGGUGGAGAGACGCGACGUGAAGCGGAAGACCUGGACGAUGGCCACCGACCACGCCGAGAGUCCCGAGUACACGGUGACCGGCCUCCACAGGGACUCCAUGUACCUGUUCAGGGUCUGCGCCAGAAACCGUGUCGGCAGCGGACCCAACGUGGACACCGACAAACCCGUAUACCCCAGGAACAAGUUUGAUGUUCCCAACGCGCCUCUUAACGUCAUCGUGGGGAACGUCUCCAAGUUCGGCUGCAGCGUCUCCUGGGAGCCCCCCGAGUCCGACGGAGGCUCCCCCGUCACCUCUUACGUCAUCGAGCUGCGCGACAGGACGUCCGUGAAGUGGACGCCGGUGCAGGUGACCAAAGCCGACGAACUGACCGCCGUCAUCAACGACGUCAUCGAGAACAAGGAGUACAUCUUCAGAGUCAGAGCGGAGAACAAAGCCGGUGAAGGCAAGCCCAGCGCCGCCUCCCUGCCCGUCAAGAUCAUGGAUCCCAUCGAGCGACCCAGUCCCCCUCAGAACCUGGUCCACCAGGACCAGAACAAGAGCUCCGUGCAGCUGAGCUGGGAGACUCCUCUGAGGAACGGAGGCAGCAUGAUCACCGGAUACGUCAUCGAGCGAUGCGAGGAAGGAACCGACAAGUGGCUCCGCUGCAACGCUCGCCUCUGCCCUGACCUCUUCUACAAGGUGUCGGGUCUGAGAUAUGGAACCACGUACAACUACAAAGUGUUUGCUGAAAACGCCGCCGGACUCUCCGACCCGUCAAACAUCAUCGGACCUCUGCUGGCCGACGACACGCACGUCGGCCCAUCCUUCGACCUGAGUGCUUUCAAAGACGGCCUGGAGGUGAUCGUGCCUCAGCCGCUCACCAUCAGAGUCCCCAUCACCGGAUACCCGACGCCCGUCGCCAAGUGGACCUUCGGCGAGAAGGAGCUGACCACCGCGGACGAGCGCGUCACCCUGACCACGAGGUCCACCUUCGUAGAGCUGACCGUCACGCCGAGCGUCCGCCCGGAUAAGGGCACCUACUCCCUGACGCUGGAGAACGACGUCACGUCCGUCUCCGGAGAGAUCGAAGUCAACGUCAUCGCGGCGCCCAGCGCACCGAAGGACUUCAAGGUCCUGGAGGUGACCCGGCAGCACGUCCACCUGACCUGGGAGGGUCCGGAACACGACGGAGGAAGUCCUCUGACUGGCUACCAGGUGGAGAAGCGGGACAUGUCCCGUAAGACCUGGGUCAAGGUGACCACAGGCCUCCAGGAUCAGGAGUUCACAGUCACCGACGUGGUUGAAGGAAAGGAGUAUCUGUUCAGAGUCACCGCCUGCAACAAGUGUGGCCCCGGAGAGCCGGCCUACAUCGACGAGCCCGUCAACGUCUCCUCUCCUGCCACCAUUCCUGACCCUCCAGAGAACCUGAGGUGGAGAGACAAGUCGGCCAGCGGCAUCUUCCUGACCUGGGAGCCGCCCAAGUACGACGGUGGCACCGGCAUCCGCGGCUACAACGUGGAGCGCUGCCAGAGGGGAACCGAUAAGUGGGAGCCAUGCGGCGACAUGGUGCCGGAGCUGAAGGUCCAGGUGACGGGUCUGAUCGAGGGCCAGUGGUACGCCUACAGAGUCCGAGCCCUGAACCGACUGGGAGCCGGUCGGCCCUGCAAGGCCACCGACGAGAUCCAGGCCGUUGAUCCCAAAGAACCUCCAGAGAUCCAGUUGGACGCCAAGCUCCUGGCUGGUCUGACCGCCAAGGCCGGCAGCAAGAUCGAGCUCCCGGCCGAGGUGACGGGGAAGCCCGAGCCCCGGGUGAAAUGGACCAAGGCGGACCUGGUCCUCAAGCCAGACGACAGGGUGUCCAUCGACACCAAGACGGGACACUCCACCGUCACCAUCGCCAAGACCACGAGAGACGACAGCUGCACCUACAUCAUCGAGGCGACCAACAGCAGCGGCCGCGCCACCGCCACCGUCGACGUCAACAUCCUCGAUAAACCCGGCCCCCCGGCUGCCUUUGACAUCUCUGAGAUCACCAACGAGACCUGCUUCCUGGCCUGGAACCCCCCGCGUGACGACGGCGGCUCCAGAGUGACCAACUACAUCGUGGAGCGCCGGACCGCCGACAGCGCGAUCUGGCACCGGCUGUCCUCCACCGUUAAACUGACCACCUACAAAGCUGUGGGCCUGAUUAAAUUCAAGGAGUACAUCUUCAGAGUCUUCGCUGAGAACCAGUUUGGUGUUGGUCCACCAGCGGACCACCAAUCCAUCAUCGCCAGAUACCCCUUCGACACUCCUGGAGCUCCUUACAAGCUGGAGGCUUCGGACAUCGCCAAGGACUCUGUGACCCUGGCCUGGUACGAGCCCGAUGAGGACGGAGGAAGCCCCAUCACCGGGUACUGGGUGGAGAGAUACGAACCGGACCACGACAAGUGGAUCAGAUGCAACAAGCUGCCCAUCAAAGACACCAACUACAGAGUCAAAGGUCUUCCCACCAGGAAGAAGUACAAGUUCAGAGUUCUGGCUGAGAAUCUGGCUGGAACUGGAAAACCCAGCCAGGAGACGGACCAAAUCCUCAUCAAAGAUCCUAUCGAUCCGCCAUGGCCUCCCGGUAAGCCCACGGUGAAGGACGUGGCGAAGACUUCCUGCUUCCUGAUGUGGACCAAACCGGAGCACGACGGCGGAGCAAAGAUCGAAAGCUACGUCAUCGAGAUGCUGAAGAGCGGCACCACCGACUGGAUCCGCGUGGCGGAGAACAUCAGCGUCGUGGAGCACUCCCUGAAGGGCCUGAUGGAGAAGCAGGAGUACUCGUUCAGGGUGCGAGCCGUCAACGUGGCCGGAGAGAGCGAGCCCAGCGAGCCCAGCGACCCCGUGCUCUGCAAAGAGAGACUCAACCCUCCGACGGCUCCUCGCUGGCUGAACGUCGUUAGCAUCAGCAGGAGCAGCGCCGACUUGAAGUGGACGCUGCCCGAGCGCGACGGCGGCUCGCCCAUCACCAACUACGUGGUGGAGAAGCGCGAUGCCAGGCGCAAGGGCUGGCAGGCCGUGGACACCACCGUCAAGGAGCUGAAGUACACGGUGACGCCGCUCAACGAGGGAUCGCUCUACGUGUUCCGCGUCGCUGCCGAGAACGCCGUGGGCGUCGGACCGUUCUGCGAGCUGCAGGACUCGGUGCUGGCCAAGGACACAUUCACUUCUCCCGGGCCGCCGUACGCCCUCACGGUCAAUGCUGUGACCAAGAGAUACGUGGACCUGCAGUGGGAGGAGCCUAAAAACGACGGCGGCAGACCCAUCCUCAAGUAUUCCAUUGAGAAGAUGGAGAAGCUUGGAACUCGCUGGGUGAAAUGUGGGAAGACUUCGGGUCCGGACUGCAAGUAUCGGGUGACGGACGUCAUCGAGGGGACGGAAGUUCAGUUCCAGGUCAGCGCCGAGAAUGAAGCCGGCGUCGGCCAUCCGAGCGAACCGACCGAGAUCCUCACCAUCGAGGAUCCCACGGGCGUCCCAUCGCCGCCCGUUGAGCUGCACGUGACCGGAGCCAGCCGCGACUUCCUGUCCAUCGCCUGGAAGCCACCGCAGAGGGAUGGCGGCUGCAACAUCACCGGCUACCACAUCGAGAUGUGUGCGGCCGGGACAGAGAAGUGGAUGAGGGUCAACUCUCGUCCGGUGAAGGAGCUGAAGUAUCGCGUGGAGGAGGGCGUGGUCCCCGAGAAGGAGUACAUCCUGAGGGUGAGGGCCAUCAACUCCGUGGGAGUCAGCGAGCCCUCCGACAUCUCCGAGAACGUCUUCGCCAAAGAGUCCGACUGUAACCCGACGCUGGACUUCCAGACUCUGGACCUUAUCGUGGUGGAAACAGAGAAGCUGCACAUCCCAGUUCCCUUCAUGGCCGUACCGUCGCCCAGGAUUACCUGGCACAAAGACGGCAAGGAGCUGAAGGCUGACGAACGCCUCGGCUUCAGGAAGGAGUAUGUUUCCUGCCACCUGGAGGUUGAGAGCAGCGUUCACGCUGAUGCUGGACAGUACAAAGUGACACUGGAGAACAAGCUGGGAGCUGCCAGCGCCACCAUCAACGUCAAAGUCAUCGGUCUUCCUGGUCCCUGCAAGGAAAUCUUGGCCUCUGAGAUCACGAAGAGCUCCUGUAAAGUGUCCUGGGAUCCUCCGGACUACGACGGCGGCAGCCCGGUCCUUCACUACGUCAUGCAGCGGCGCGAGGCCGGCAGGAGGACGUACGUCAACAUGAUGUCCGGAGAGAACAAGUUGAGCUGGAACGUCAAAGACCUCAUCCCCAACGGAGAGUACUACUUCAGAGUCCAGGCCGUCAACAAGAUCGGAGGAGGGGAGUUCGUGGAGCUCCGCAACCCGGUCAUCGCCCAGGACCAGAAACACAUUCCAGACCCGCCGGUGGACGUGGAGACCAACAACCCCACAUCCAGCACCGUCACCCUGACCUGGAAGCCUCCCAUGUACGACGGCGGCGCCAAGAUCAUGGGCUACAUCCUGGAGAAGCAGCAGAAGGGCGAGGACAAGUGGGAGCGGUGCAACGACUUCCUGGUGCCCGUCCUGUCCUACACCGUCAGAAAGCUGACGGAGGGCAAGAGUUACGCCUUCAGAGUCAGAGCAGAGAACGCAGCCGGAGUCAGUGAGCCGUCCCGCGGCACGCCGUUCGUCAAGGUCUCGGACGCCAUCGACCCUCCGAAGGUCUUCCUGAGCGGCAGCCUGCAGUCCGGCCUCAACGUGAAGCGAGGCUGCGAGAUCCGUCUGGACGCCAACGUGUCCGGCUCGCCGUACCCUCAGAUCACCUGGUACUGGAAUAAUCAGGUGAUCCGGCCGGAGGCGCUGCGCAAGAGAGACGAGAAACCACUGAAGAAGAAGGUGAAGAAGGAGGAGGAGGUUAAGAAAGAGGAAGGAGAGGCAGAGAAGAAAGAGGAGGUGAAGGAAGGAGAAGAGAAGAAGGAAGGAGAGGAGAAGAAGGAAGGAGAGGAGAAGAAGGAAGGAGAAGAGAAGAAAGAAGGAGAGGAGAAGAAGGAGGAGGAGACAGCCGAGCCGGAAGAGGAGGAGACCGACUACCCAACGAUAAAUGAACGUCUGGCCAUCGACAACCGCCAAAGGGGCGAAUCGUCCAUCGCCAUCAAGGACUCGCUCCGCGUGGACCACGGCGUCUACAUGGUGAAGGUGGAGAACGACCAAGGCAUCGCCUCGGCAACCUGCGAGGUCAACGUGCUCGACACUCCCGGGCCUCCGCUGAACUUCACGUUUGAGGAGGUGAGGAAGAACUCUGUGGUCUGCAAGUGGAGUCCUCCUCUGGACGACGGCGGCAGCGAGGUCCUGAACUACACGCUGGAGAAGAAGGACAACUCCAAGCUGGAGUUCGGCUGGAGCUGCGUCACCUCCACGCUGAGAGGAUGCCGCUACCUCGUGCCCAAACUCAUCGAGAAGAAGGAGUACAUCUUCAGGGUCGUGGCCGAGAACAAGUUCGGCGGCGGUCCGCACUGCGUCUCCAAACCGCUCGUCGCAAAGAAUCCGUUCGAACCUCCUGAGGCUCCUGAGAAGCCGGAGGUCGAUGACAUCACAGCCAACAGUAUGCUGGUCACCUGGAACGAGCCCAACGACAACGGCAGCCCCAUCUUGGGAUACUGGGUGGAGCGCCGCGAGAUCAACAGCUCUCACUGGACGCGUGUCAACAGGAACAUGGUCUCCGACACGGAGCUGAAUGCUGAAGGUCUGCUGGACGGCAUGACGUACAUCUUCAGGGUAGCGGCUGAAAACCAGGCCGGCCCCGGGAAGUUCAGCGGCCCCUCCGAGCCCAAGACGGCCCACGCGCCGAUCCUACCUCCUGGACCUCCGAUUGCCAGAGUGGUGGCAGCGACUGAGAACUCCAUUGACGUAGAGUGGGACCCACCAGUGGACAACGGAGGAGGAGAGAUCCUGGGAUACCACGUGGAUAAGGUCAUGGCUGGUACCAAGGACUGGUCCAGGUCUACAGAGCGUCCGUGGAAGUCCAGGGUGUUCACCGUCUAUGGAGUCCGCGAGGGAGCCAAGUACAUGGUCAGAGUCAUCGGCUGCAACGCUGCCGGAGAAGGAACACCAGGGUUCACCGAGUCCGUGUUCGUCAGGAAUCCUGCAGAGAUGCCGCUGAUUGAACUGGACCUGUCCGUCAAGAACGGCGUGGUCAUCCGAGCCGGAGAGAACCUCCAUCUACCUGCUACAGUCACGGGUAAACCCUACCCGUCCAUCACCUGGACCAAGGACGACAGCAAACCUGAUAAAGACCGCGUGGAGAUCCUCACGGAGGGCAACGACAGCAUUAUUUCAAUCAAGAAUGUCCAGAGGAAGGACUGCGGCAAAUACCAUAUAUCUGCCUGCAACCCCAGCGGCAUCAAGAGCGCUUCCACCACAGUGGAUGUCAUGGAUGUGCCUGGACUCGUCACGGACCUGAAGCCCGUGGUGGUCACUCGCAAGAUGAUCUUCCUGAACUGGGACGACCCAGAUGAUGACGGGGGCAGCGACCUGACCGGCUUCAUCGUGGAGCAAAGAGACGCCAAGAUGCACACGUGGAGGCAGCCGAUUGAAACCACCUCAUCCAAGUGUGAAUGCGUGGGCAUCAUGGAGGGUCAGGAGUACAUGUUCCGCGUCAUCGCCAAGAACAAGUAUGGAAUGGGCCCGCCGCUAGAGCUGGGGCUCAUCAAGGCUGUUGACCCACAGGGUCCACCCUCGUACCCCGAGAAGUUCCACUACACCGAGCGCACUAAGAACUCCAUCACUCUGACGUGGAAGCCGCCUCGCAAUGACGGCGGCAGCCCUCUUAUUGGCUACUUUGUGGAGAAGAAGAGGCAGGACCAGCAGGCCUACGAGCCCUGCAACGUGGAGAUCUGCCCCAACAUGAUCAUGACUGUGGAGGGUCUGGAGGAGGACUGGAUGUAUGAGUUCAGGAUCAAGUGUGCCAACCUCAUCGGCGAGAGCGAGCCAUCCAUCCCGUUGAAUGUGGUCAUCCAAGAUGACGAAGUGUCUCCUGAGGUCCACAUGCUGAAGCACUUCAAGGGCGACUGCAUUACCGUGAAGAAGGGUGAUCCCAUCGAGAUCCCCGCCGACAUCUUGGGUCUCCCCAUCCCGAAGAUCGAGUGGACCAAGGACGACGUGUUGAUCGAGGAACCCACCGAGACGCUGCUGUUGGAGACGGAGGUGACCGGCAGGAUGAACGCAAAGAGCACUCUGUCCAUCCCAACGGCCAACAGGAGGGACCGCGGCAGCUACACCGUAACCGCCUCCAACAACAUGGGGUCGGCAAAGCACACCAUCACGGUCAUGGUGCUGGACCGACCACUUCCACCCAGGAACGUGUCCGUGUCCAACAUCAGGGCGGAGUCUUGCUACCUUUGCUGGGACGCGCCGCUGGAUAAUGGUGGCAGCGAGCUGACCAACUACAUUGUUGAGAGGAAGAAGGUGAUGAAAGACGAACCGGAGCCGGAAGAGGGACAGGAAGCUCCACCUGAGGCCCAGUGGGAGCUGGUUACCAACAGCAUCGUCGAGAAGAAAUUCGGGGUGUGGAACCUGGAAACCAAUGAGUCCUACAUGUUCCGGGUCAAGGCCGAGAAUCGCUACGGUAAAUCCGACCCCUGCGCAACAGAGGAAGUGAUGAUCACCGACCCAUUCGGCCUUCCCGGCGCACCAGAGAAACCAACCAUCGCAGAGUACUCCAAGACCUCCAUGACCCUAACCUGGGAGCCUCCUAUGGACAACGGCGGCUCUAUGAUUGUCGGCUACUGGCUGGAGAAGAGGGAGAAAGGCACCGCCUACUGGGCCAAAGUCAACAAGAUGCCCGUCACCAAGAGGGGCGUGAAAGGCUGGGAGUACCAGGUGACUCGUCUAAUCGAAGGAACGGAGUACGAGUUCAGGGUUGCUGCCAGCAAUUCUGCAGGAACUGGACCGUUUAGCGGACCGUCCGACUCUGCCUUCGCUGUCGAUCCACUCACUCCUCCCAGCAUGCCCUCUGCUCCUGAGGUGGUGGACAAGACAAAGUACAGUGUAACGCUGUCCUGGAAGGCCCCACACAGCGAUGGAGGAAGCCCCAUCAAGGGCUACAUCAUCCAGAUCCAGGACGAGGGCGCGUCGGGCUGGGUGAGCGUGAACGACAAAGACUCGCUCAACCCGACCACCGAGUUCACGAUGCCCAGCCUCCGCGAGCUGCAGCGCUACCGCUUUAGGAUAAUCGCCGUCAACGAUAUCGGCGAGUCCGACCCAAGCCCCCGCACCAGCGAGGUUCUGGUGGAGGACGUCCAGCUACCGCCGUCCAUCUCCAUCGACGUGUCAGUAGACGACCUGGUGUGCAUCCGUGCUGGAGAACCCAUCAGGAUCCCCGCCACCAUCAAGGGCCGCCCCGCUCCCAAGGUCACCUGGGACUUUGACGGCAAAGCCAAGUCGCACAAGAAGAACAAGCUGCACACGCUGCCCGUGGACUCUGAGGUUGAGUCCACGGAUACCACGUCCAUCGUGACCAUCCCCGUCAGUCUGAGGAGCCACUCCGGCCGCUACACCAUCACCGCCAAGAACAAGUCCGGACAGAAACACGUCAACGUCAGAGUCAUCGUCCUCGACGUCCCCGGAGCCCCGAAGGACCUGAGGGUCACUGACGUCACCCGCUCGACCAUGAGGGUGAUCUGGAAACUCCCCGACAACGACGGAGGAGAGAGAAUCAAGAGCUACUUCAUCGAGAAGAGAUGCCUCACGGACAAGGCCUGGACCAAGGUGAACGCAGCUUGUGCCAGCCAGGCCUACGUGGUUCCAGGUCUGCUGGAGGGUCAGGAAUACCUGUUCCGGGUCCGAGCUGAGAACAGACUUGGAUUCGGCCCGUUCACCAUCACCACCGACCCGGUCCGGGCCGGAGACCCCAUCUACCCCCCCGACCCCCCCACCAAGGUCAAGGUCAACCUUGUGACAAAGAACACCGUCACCCUGAGCUGGGAGCCUCCAAAAAACAACGGCGGCUCUCCGGUGAAGCAUUACAUCAUCGAGCGCUUGAGCUGGGACACCAGCGGCAAGGAGAAGGAGACCUGGAAGCAGUGCAACAAGAGGGACGUGGAGGAGCUCAGCUUUGUGGUGGAGGACCUGAAGGAGGGAGGAGAAUAUGAGUUCAGAGUAAAAGCCGUGAACGCCGCUGGACCCAGCCGACCCUCCGCCGCCGCUGGACCCCUGGUCAUCAAGGACCAGACAUGCGCUCCCACCAUCGUGCUGCGUGAGGCCAUGGAGGGCGAGGAGGGCUCUGACGUCAGCAUCGUGGCGAAGGUGAGCGGGUGUCCGUUCCCUACGCUCACCUGGCAGAAAGCCGGCGUGGCCAAACCUGAGGAGAAGGCCGCCGUCCAGUACGACCAGCACAUCAACAAACUGGUGACCCACGACAAGUGCACGCUGCUGAUCCAACAGGCCGGCAGGCUCGACAGCGCCCUCUACAGCCUGACGGCCACCAACAGCCUGGGCACCGCCACCAAGGACAUCAAGCUCGCCGUGCUCGGACCUCCCGGCAUCCCCGUCGGACCGCUCAAGUUCACCGAGGUGUUUGCGGAGAGGAUCGGUCUGGCCUGGAACGCUCCCAAAGACGACGGCGGAUCCAAGAUCACCAACUACGUGGUUGAGAAGCGCGAGGAGAACAGGAAGUCCUGGGUCCACGUCUCCAAUGACCCCAAGGAGUGCGCCUACGUGGUGACCCGGCUGACGGAGAACCACGAGUACGAGUUCAGAGUCAUGGCCCAGAACAAGUUUGGAGUCGGGCCUCCGCUGGUCAGCGAGCCAGAGAAGGCCAGAAAUCUCUUCACCGUCCCCGGUCAGUGUGAGAAGCCGACCGUGACGGACGUCUGUCUGGAGUCGAUGACCGUCAACUGGGACGAGCCUAAGUACGACGGCGGCUCCUCCAUCACCGGCUACUUCGUGGAGAAGAAGGAGACCACCGCCAAGCGCUGGGUCCGCGUGACCCGCGACCCGAUCCGAGCGCUCCCUCUGGGCAACAACUGGGACGUCGCCGGGCUGCAGGAGGGCGCCAUGUACCAGUUCAGGGUCAUCGCCAUGAACGCCGCCGGCUGCGGCCUGCCCAGCGUGCCCUCUGACCCCGUCCUCUGCAGAGACCCCAUCAAGCCUCCCGGGCCGCCCGCUCCGAAGGUGACGGACUGGACCAGGUCCACCGUGGAGCUGGAGUGGACCCCCCCCUCCACAGACGGAGGGUCGAAGGUCACGGGCUACAUCGCCGAGUUCAAGGAGGUGAACAAAGAGGAGGAGGAGAAGAGGGCUCAGAGGAGGCUGCUGCUGAGUGGCGACGAAGAGGAGCCGGAGGCCGAGGAGACCUGGGAGAAGGCGAAGGACACCGAGAUCAGAGGAACCAAGUUCGUGGUGGCCGGUCUGAAGGAAGGCGGUCUGUACCGCUUCAGGGUCCGAGCCGUGAACGCCGCUGGAGUCGGUGAACCAGGUCUGGUGUCUGAGCUCAUCGAGAUCAAAGACAGAACAAUUCCCCCUGAGAUGGACCUGGAUGCCUCCGUGAAGGAGAAGAUCGUGGUCCACGCCGGCGCCACCAUCCGCAUCAUCGCCUACGUGUCCGGUAAACCCGCCCCCCAGAUCACCUGGUGCCGGGACGACGCCGAGGUGCCCAAAGAGGCCGUGGUGGAGGUGACGGGCAUCUCCAACUCGAUGGUUAUCAAGGACUGCAGACGCCACCACCAGGGCAUCUACACACUGACCGCCAAGAACGAGGGCGGAGAGCGGAAGAAGGCCGUCAUCGUGGAGGUCCUGGACGUCCCCGGGCCGGUCGGCCUUCCCUUCGCCGGAGAGAAUCUGACCAACGACUCGUGCAAGCUGACCUGGUUCUCCCCCGAGGACGACGGCGGCUCGGCCAUCACCAACUACAUCAUCGAGAAGAGGGAGUCGGACCGCAUGGGCUGGACCUCGGUGUCCUACACGGUGACGAGGAACAACGCCGUGGUGCAGGGACUCCUCGACGGCAAGGGCUACUUCUUCAGGAUCGCAGCCGAGAACAUCAUCGGCAUGGGACCGUUUAUCGAGACCGACAAGAUGGUUCUCAUCACGGACCCCAUCUCCGUCCCGGAGCGUCCAGAGGACCUGUUCAUCACUGCGGUGACCAAGGACUCCCUGUCCGUCACCUGGAGAGCACCCAAAUACGACGGCGGCGCCGAGGUGACGGAGUACGUCCUGGAGUCCCGCAUGCUCGGCCGGGACAGCUUCACACGAGUCGGUGGAGACACCAAGCUGAUGGACAUGAAGUUCACACUCACGGGGCUGAAGGAGGGCUCGAGUCACGAGUUCAGAGUCUCCGCCGUCAACCAGGUGGGACGAGGGAAACCGUCCUUCGCCACCAAACCAGUGCAGUGCAAGGACGAGCUGGAACCACCCACCGUGGACCUGGACUUCAGGGACAAGAUGAUGGUGAAGGUUGGAGACACGUGCACACUGUCUGGACGCUACCGAGGCAAACCGGCCCCGGCUAUCGCCUGGAAGAAGAACGACGAGGAGCUGAAGACGGAUGAUGAGGUCGUCCUCCACAGCACCGCACGCCACCUCAGCCUCAACAUCGGCAAGGCCAAGCGGGAACACAGCGGGCGCUACUGCGUCAGCGUGGAGAACGCCGCUGGAGCUCGCACAGGGAUCUGCACCAUCACCGUGGUCGACCGGCCUCAGCCUCCGGAGGGCCCCGUGGAGUUCAACGAGGUCUACAGGAACUACAUGGUGAUCUCCUGGAACCCUCCUCUGGAUGACGGAGGCUGCGCUGUCUCCAACUACAUCAUCGAGAAGAGAGACACCAACAGAGACCUCUGGAUGCCUGUCACCUCGUCCUGCACCAGGACCUCCUGCAAGGUGCCGAAGCUGAUCGAGGGUCGUGAUUACAUCAUCAGGAUCAUGGCUCAGAACAUCUACGGCAUCAGCGACCCGCUGCUGUCCGCAGAGACCAAGGCCAGGGACGUCUUCAAGGUGCCCGACGCUCCCAAACAGCCCACAGUGAAGGAGGUCUAUCACGACUCCGCCCUCAUCAGCUGGGAACCUCCUGCUGAUGGAGGGAAACCAAUCACAGGCUACAUCGUGGAGAGGAAGGAGACCAUGGCCCACAGGUGGGUUCGCUGCAACACAGAGACAAUCCAUCCGAAGGUGGAGUACUGCGUGACGGAGCUGCUGCAAGGCUGUGAGUACGAGUUCAGAGUCAGCGCUGAGAACAUCGUGGGAGCCGGAGACCCGAGUCCACCAUCCAAGCCCGUCUUCGCCAAAGACCCCAUCGUGAAACCCAGCCCACCGGUGAACUUCCAAGCCAUCGACUUCAGCAAGGAGUCGGUGACUCUGUCCUGGCUGCCGCCCACCGACACCGGCAGAGGAAAGAUCUUUGGAUACCUGCUGGAGUUCCAGAAGGCUGGAGAGGAGGAGUUCUGCAAGGUGAACCAAACUCCGGACUCCUGCCAGGAGACCAAGUUUAAGGUGAUCAACCUCGAAGACGGUGUGAUGUACAGAUUCAGAGUCAUGGCGGUCAACGCUGCCGGGGAGUCCGACCCGACUAACCUAAAGGAGCCAAUCAGAGUGCAGGACAGACUCGAACCCCCAGAGUUGAUCCUGGAUGCUGCAAUGACCCGAGAGGUGAAAGCCUUGGCCGGCACUCACAUCACCCUGAUGGCCACCAUCAAGGGCGUCCCGUUCCCUUCCGUCAACUGGCAGAAGAACGAUGGCGAGGUGCCCACCAGGACCGACAUCGACACCAACCAGGAGGGCACCAAGCUGGAGAUGAGGUUCUGUAACCGUAGCGACUGUGGAGACUACACACUAACUGUGGAGAACCCAGCCGGAUCCAAGACCGCCAUCUGCACUGUGCUGGUCUACGACAAACCUGGUCCCAUCCAGCACCUCCGGGUGUCGGACAUCAGAAGCGACUCGGCCUACCUGUCCUGGAAGGACCCAGAAGACAACGGCGGCGUUCGCAUCACUAACUUUGUGGUGGAGAAGAAAGACACUACAUCCACUCAGUGGGUUCCUGUCUGCUCCACAUCCAAGAAACGCAGCAUGAUGCUGAAGUACCUGACGGAGGGAACGUCCUACACCUUCAGAGUCGCCGCUGAGAACCAGUACGGCCGCAGCGGAUACGUCGAGACGCCGAGGGCCAUCAAAGCAAUGAACCCACUCUUCCCUCCUGGUCCUCCUAAAGACCUGCACCAUGACGAUGUGGACAAGACUGAGGUGUGGUUGGUCUGGAACUGGCCCGACCGCAACGGUGGAAGUGAGAUUACAGGCUUCCUGGUUGAGUAUCAGGAAGAGGGCGUGAAGGAUUGGGACGAGUGGAAGACUGUCAGCAUCCCAGAGAGUCACGUGACCGGCCUUGAGGAAGGAAAGACCUACCGAUUCAGAGUGAGAGCGGAGAACGCCGUCGGCCUCAGCAGGCCCGACACCACUGUGCCCAUCCUCUGCCAGGAAAAACUUGUCGCUCCAGUUGUCGAGGUGGACGUCAAGCUUGGUGAAGGCAUCACCGUGAAAGCCGGUACCAUCAUCAGGCUGCCAGCCAUCAUGAGAGGAAUACCCAUUCCCAAUGCCAAGUGGUCAGUCGAAGGAGAGGAGAUCACGAGCGAGGGUAACAUCAAGAUCGAAACUGGCAACUUCUCUACCGUGCUCACCAUUAACGAGUGCACCAGGAACCACACGGGCACCUACCUGCUGACGGUGUCCAACCCAGCUGGAAGCAAGACUGUGGCCUUGAACGUCACCGUCCUCGAUGUUCCCGCCGCUCCCAUUGGACCUGCCAACAUCCUGGAGGUCACUCCGGACUCCAUGGUGAUUGAGUGGCGUGCUCCCAAGGACGAUGGCGGCAGCCCCGUCACCAAAUACAUCGUGGAGAAGCGAGAAUCCAACAAGGAGACCUGGGGUGGUGUGAGCUCUGUCGGUCUUGCCACCAAGCUCAACAUCGGCCGCCUACAGAGGGGAGUGGAGUACGUGGUUCGCAUCCGUGCUGAGAACAAGAUGGGCAUCGGCGCUCCUCUGGAAAGCAAGCCUACUGUUGCUGAACACUCCUUCUUGGCGCCCAGCCAGCCUGGUAAGCCACAUGUCUCUGAUAUCUCAGAGGAUUGUGUCACACUGGGCUGGACCAUGCCCAUGUCUGAUGGUGGCAGCCAGAUCACCGGCUACAUCAUUGAGCGCCGACACAUAGGAGGGAAAUGGAUCCGUGUCAACAAGACUCCAUGUAAGGACCUACGGUACAAAGUCCUGGGACUGUUUGAGGGCAAUGAGUACGAGUUCAGAGUAUUUGCUGAGAACAUUGUUGGCUACAGCGGCCCCUCUCCCACCUCUGACCCCUGCAAGCCUUGCAGGCCCAUCACUGUCCCCAGCCCCCCUGUCAACCCCAAAGUUAGAGAUUACAGCAAGACCACCGCUGACCUUGUGUGGACCAAACCCAACAAAGACGGAGGCAGCCCCAUCCUGGGCUACACUGUGGAAAUGAAGAAGGCUGAUACUGAAGAAUGGAAAAAAUCCAACCUGGAUGACUUUAUCAAGCAAAGUGCCUACAGGGUGAAGGGUCUGGAGGAGGGCGUGGCCUACAGAUUCAGAGUCUAUGCCUCAAACAUGAUCGGAGAUGGAGAGCCCAGAGAAAUGCCAGAGACCAUUACUGCUCAGGAUAUCCUGAUUCCUCCAGAGAUUGAGAUGGACCUCACGUGCCGCGAUCACCUCACGGUGCGGGUCGGACACAACAUCAACAUCAUCGGGUACAUUAAGGCCCGUCCUGACCCAGAAGUGCUUUGGUUAAAGGAGGAUAUAGUUGUGGAGAAGAGCAAACGUGUCACCAUCAUUGAGAACUUCCCUGUGGUCCAACUGAAAAUCAGGGAGGCCACAAGAAAUGACCACGGCAAAUAUAUCCUGAAGAUUUCAAAUGAGGGCGGCGAGGCCUCUUGCGCCAUCACAGUAAAUGUGCUCGACAGACCCAGCCACUGCCAGAACCUGCACCCGACCUAUGUCACCAGGGACUCAUGUAUGCUUAACUGGGAGGCCCCGAAGGACAAUGGUGGAUCUGAGAUCACCAACUACAUUGUGGAGUGCCGUGAGCCCAGUGUUUGCUUGUGGUCUAUGAUCACCUCCAACUGCACCAAUCGCAAGAUCAAGGCUAAGAUGAUGGAAGGCCGUGAGUAUCUGUUCCGUGUCUGUGCUGAGAACAAGAUGGGCCCUGGACCAUGUGUGGAGACCAAGACCCCUCUGCUGGCCAUUGACCCUAUUGAGAAGCCCGGUGAGCCUGAGAACUUCAGAGCCACUGACAUUGAUAAGAACCACGUUUACCUGAGAUGGAGGAAGCCUGACUACGAUGGUGGCAGCCCCAACAUCUCCUACAACUUGGAAUGCAAAGUCAAAGAUGCAGAGGAGUGGGAGAAACUAAGCACCGGCAAUCUGACCGACACCUUCUUCCUGGCUGACAAGCGUGUCGAGAACCAGACGUACAGCUUCAGGGUGCAAACUGUCAAUGAAGGAGGGGAGAGUGCUUGGGUGAAACUUGCCGAUAUUAUCGUGAGAGAGGAGAUCCAGAAGCCGGUCAUUGACCUGAAGCUGGCUGGAGUUCUGACGGUGAAGGUCGGCGAGUCGGUAAGAAUAGAGGCCGGCCUGAGAGGAAAGCCCCCGCCAGAGGUCAAAUGGACAAAAGAAAAGGCCGUCGGAGACAACCCAAGAAUCAGCUAUGAGACUGGGGUUGACUACUCUAAGUUCCUUUUGACCAAGUCCAGACGCACUGACACUGGAAAGUACAUCAUCACUGCCACCAACUCGGCCGGCACCUUCACGGCAUACGCCAACGUUAAUGUCCUGGACGUGCCCGGCGCGGUGAGGAACCUCAGAGUCACCGGUAUUGGUGCCGACAAGUGCAGAGUGGUGUGGGACGCUCCGGAGGAUGAUGGAGGCUGUGAGGUGGACAGCUACAUCCUGGAGAAAUGCGAGACCAGGAGGAUGGUCUGGUCCACGUACUCAGCCUCUGUGGUCACACCAUACUGCAACGUCAUUCGUCUGUUAGAGAGUAACGAGUACAUCUUCAGAGUCCGGGCAGAGAACAAGAUGGGAACCGGUCCCGCCAUGGAGAGCAAGGCGGUCACUGUCAAGACUCAGUUCAACAAACCAGGACCGCCUGAUGUUCCUGAUGUCACCAAGGUGAGUAAAGACGAGAUGACCGUCGUCUGGGCUCCUCCAGAGAAUGAUGGAGGAAAAUCGAUCACUGGCUACAUCUUGGAGAGGAAGGAGAAGAGGGCAGUGCGCUGGGUGCCCUGCACCAAGAGCCCCAUCUCUGAGAGACGAAUGAAAGUCACCAACCUGAUCCCCAACCAUGAGUACCAGUUCAGGGUGAAGGCUGAGAACGAGGUCGGCCUGGGAGAACCAAGCAAGCCCUGCAGACCCGUUGCGGCCAAAGAUCCCAUUGAGCCCCCUGGCCCCCCUGCAGGCCUGAAGGUUGGCGACAGCACUAAGACCUCUAUCACCCUGUCCUGGUCUAAACCCGUGUAUGAUGGCGGUGCCCCCAUCAUCGGCUACAGCCUGGACAUGAAACUGAAAAGUGAGGCAGACCCUGAGAAGCCCACAGAGGGCUGGAAGAAAAUUGACACCCAUGGCCCAUUGGUGAUCACAGAGUUCACCAUCGGCCAGCUGGAUGAGAAGCAAGAGUACGAUUUCAAGGUGUCCGCCAAAAACCAGGUGGGCUGGGGACGUCACGCCUACUUGAAGGAGCCCGUGUUCCCCAAGGAGGUCCUGGAGGCUCCAGAGAUUGACCUGGACGCCAGUCUGAGGAAAGGCCUGUCCGUGAGGGCCGGCUGUCCCAUCAGGCUUUUCGCUGUGAUCAGAGGAAGGCCUGCACCCAAGGUUACCUGGAAGCGCCUGGGUGUGGACAAUGUGAUCCGCAGAGGUCAUGUGGACCAGGUUGACACCAUGUCCUUCCUGGUCAUCCCUGAGAGCACCAGAGACGAUUCAGGGAGGUACUCUCUGACUCUGUCCAACUCAGUUGGAGAGAAAGCUGUGUACGUCCGUGUCAAAGUCCUCGAUACUCCGGGUCCCGUUGGCGGCCUUGAAGCAAACAGCAUCACCAAGACAUCAGCUCAGCUGUCCUGGCUGCCACCAGAUAAUGAUGGCGGCAGCCCCAUCCUCAAGUACAUUGUGGAGAAACGCGAGGUGGAUAGGAAGACCUGGAACAAGUGCACAGAGGAGCUGAAGAAGACCAGCUUUAAGGUGACCAACAUGGCGCCUGGCAUCGAGUACUACUUCAGAGUCACAGCCUGCAACAAGUACGGCAUCGGAGUUCCUCAGGACUCGCCCAAGUCCUACCUGGCUGUCGACCCAAUCAGUGAGCCCGACCCGCCGAAGAAAAUGGAGGUGUUGGAGAUCAGCAAGAAUAGUGCCACACUAGGCUGGAUGAAGCCACUCAGAGACGGAGGAGCCAAGAUCAACGGUUAUGUCGUGGACUACCAGGCGGAGGGUGCUCCCGAGGACAAGUGGACCCCGUACUCCGUGGUCAAAGACAUGACCAUCGUGGUGGUCGGUCUGAAGGAAGGAACUAAAUACAAGUUCAGAGUGGCAGCCAGGAACUCAGUGGGAGUCAGUCUGGCCAGAGAGGCAGAGGGAGUGUUUGAGGUCAAGGAGCAGCUCAUGGCUCCUAAGGUCAUCAUGCCCGACAUUGUGACGGUGAGAGCUGGAUCCAAGCUGGUGGUGGAGGCCCUUGUGGCGGGUAAACCUGCUCCCUUCUGCAAGUGGAAGCAGGGCAACGAGGACGUGCUGACCUCUGACCGCCUGGCAGUCGUAAAGACACUGACGACGUGCACGCUUAUUAUAAAGAACAUGACGAGAAUGGACAGCGGCUAUUACAGCCUGUCUGUCGAGAACAGCACUGGCAGGAUUAACCAGAUCCUCAGAGUCAUCGUCAUGGACAUCCCUGGACCCCCUGAAGCUCUAGAGGUCACCGAGGUGGACAUCGAUGCCUGCACGCUGCUCUGGAACUCUCCUCAGGAGAAUGGCGGCAGCAACAUCACCAACUAUAUUGUGGAGAAGUGUGACGUCAGCCAGGGCGACUGGGUCCCCGUAACCGCAUCCUGCACCAACACCAGCUUCAGAGUGACCAAACUGACAUACGGCAAAGAGUAUGGCUUCCGAGUCCGCGCUGAGAACAGGUUUGGCGUCUCCGCGCCCAUCUACUCCGAGAAGAUGAUUGCCAGACAUCCAUUUGAUCCUCCCAGCGAGCCUAUUAACCUGCAGAUCAACAAAAUCAACAAGGACUUUGUCAUCCUGUCAUGGGAGAGUCCCAGCAGCGACGGAGGAACCCCCAUCACUGGGUAUUGCGUUGAAAAGAAGGAGAGGAACAGCAUCCUGUGGGUGAAGGCCAACGAGUGCUUGGUCAAAGCCACGCAGUACACCUGCACCGGCCUGAUCGAGGGCGUGGAGUACAUCUUCAGGGUGUCGGCGCUCAACCUGGCUGGACAGGGAAAACCUUCCAAACAGACAGACUUGAUCACCGCUAGGACUGCUAUCGACCAACCGGGCAAACCCGAGGUCAUGGAUGUGACCAAACACUCGGUCUCAUUGGUCUGGAGCCGCCCCAAGCACGACGGAGGCAGCAAGCUGAUUGGCUACUACAUGGAGUACACAAAGCUUCCAGAGGACAAGUGGACGCGGUGCAACGCUAACUGCCUGAACAUCCAGACGGAGAGCUACGUGGUGAGCGGCCUGGAGGAAGGCCAGCAGUACCGGUUCAGAGUCAUCGCCAAGACCGCCGUCAACAUCAGCCAGCCGUCCGAGCCGUCGGACCCCAUCGCUGUCAUCGCACACAACGUUCCUCCUCGUGUGGAGCUGGGCCUCAACAUGAAGAACCUGAUUGUGGUGAAAGCCGGAGAGAAUGUCACCCUGGAUGCUGAGGUGUUCGGCAAGCCGCUGCCAAAGGUGAGCUGGAAAAGAGACGGAGCGCCUCUGGUCCUCAUCGAGGGGAUGAAGAUGGCCCAGAAGAAACAUGUCCACCUGUUGGAGCUCUACUGCGUUACCAGGAAGGAGUCUGGAGACUACACCAUCACAGCUGAGAACAUCAAUGGCUCUAAGUACGCCAGCAUCAAGGUCAAGGUGCUCGACAAACCAGGCCCUCCAGCCUCAGUGAAAGCUGCAAAGGUGUUUGCCGACCGCGUUAAGGUGCGCUGGGAGCCCCCGCUCGCUGAUGGCGGCUCCGAGAUCACCAACUACAUAAUCGAGAAGCGUGAGACCAGCAGGGCCAACUGGGCGCUGGUCUCCGCUAACAUCCAAGGACACAUCACCGACUGCCAAGUGGACAAACUCAUCGAGGGACAUGAGUACGAGUUCAGAGUCAGUGCAGAGAACCAGUAUGGCACUGGAGACCACAGAAUGACCGACCCCGUCAUGGUCAAGAACCCGUAUGAUGUUCCCGGUCCAUGUGAGCCGCCGGUCAUCACCAACAUUACCAAGAACUCCAUGUCGGUGAGCUGGAAGGCCCCUGCCAACGACGGCAAGGCGACCAUCCUCGGCUACAUGGUGGAGAAACGUGAGGCCACUGAGCUGACCUGGGCCAAGGUCAACCGCCGGCCGGUCAUCGACAGGACCAUCAAGGCCAUUCAGCUGACCGAGGGCUCUGAGUACGAGUUCAGAGUCAUCGCCAUGAACAAGGCCGGUCUGGGCAAACCCAGUGACGCCUCCAACGGGGCACUGGCUGUGGACCCCGUCUAUCCUCCCGGCCCACCUGCGUUCCCCAAGGUGGUGGACUCCACCAAGAGCUCCAUCAGCCUCAGCUGGACCAAACCGGCAUACGACGGUGGCUGUGAAAUCAUCGGCUACCUGGUCGAGUGCAAGCGAGUCGAGGCCGAGCACUGGAGCAAGUGUAACAUCCCGAAGAAGCUCCAGAUCACCAAGUUCCUGAUGACCGGCCUGAUGGACGGCACUGAAUACCAGUUCAGAGUCCUCGCCGUCAACAAGAUCGGCUUCAGCGAGCCCAGCGACGUCCCUGGAAACCACAUGCCCAAAGACAUCCUGAUCGCUCCUGAAGCUGAGCUGGAUGCCGACCUCAGAAAGGUUUUGCAUCUCCGCGCCGGCGUCACCAUGAGGCUGUACGUCCCGCUGAGGGGACGCCCGGCACCGAAGGUGACGUGGUCGAAAGUGGACGCCACCCUGAAGGACCGGCAGGGCGUGCUGAUCAAGACGUCAGAGUGGGACACGCUGCUGAUGAUCGAGGACGUCAACAGAUACGACGCUGGCAAAUAUGUGCUGUCGCUGGAGAACAGCAGCGGCUCCAAGAGCUACACCAUCGUGGUCAAGGUCCUCGAUUCUCCGGGGCCGCCCAUGAACCUGAUCGUGAAGGAGACCUCCAGGAGCCACGCCUGCAUCACCUGGGACGCCCCGCUGAUCGACGGCGGCAGCCCCGUCAAGAGCUACGUGGUAGAGAAGCGCCUGGCCGAGAGGAAGGCCUGGACCUGCGUGGCCACGGACUGCUGCAAGAUCUCCUUCAGGGUCACCAACCUGGAGGCCGGACAGGCCUACUGCUUCAGGGUGCUGGCCGAAAACUCCUACGGCAUCGGGGAGGGCUGCGAGACCGCCGGCAGCGUCCGGGCCUCAGAGCAACCUGGUCCAGUGACGGACUUCAGAGCCCAGAAGACCACCAAGGACUCGAUCGUCCUGGGCUGGAAGAAGCCCACCAGCGACGGUGGAAGCCACGUCUCUGCGUACAUCCUGGAGCAGAGUGAAGGCGAGCAGAAGUGGAAUCAGAUCAUGAAGGGGAAGAACUCUUCCCACACCAUCAGCGAGCUGACCGAGGGCAAGGAGUACUUGUUCAGAGUCAAAGCGCUCAAUGAGUCCGGAGAGGGACCGCCCACCGAGCUCACCGUUGUUGCCAAGGACCAGUUUGUGGCACCUGACUGCAACUUGAGUGCUCUGCAUGACGGCUGCUGCGUGGUGAAGGAAGGCAGCACCACGCGUAUCAACAUCCCGGUGUCCGGAGUGCCUCUGCCCACCGCCACCUGGAAGAAAGGCGACGCGUUGAUUGGCGAGACCGGCCGAAUGUGCGUGGAGGCAUCUCACGGCGUCACCACUCUGCUGAUCAGAGACUGCCAGAGAGGAGACGCCGAGACCUACAACGUCAACGUCAGGAACAGCGCCGGCUCCAAGGACGGCAAGUUCCAGCUGAAGGUGGUGGGCAAGCCCGGCGUCUGCACCGGACCCAUCAAGUUUGAUGAGAUCACCGCCGACGGCAUCACCCUGGAGUGGGCACCGCCCAAAGAUGACGGCGGCGCCGAGGUGUCCAACUACAUCGUGGAGAAGAGGAGGGCGAUGGACAACAAGUGGGCCACAGUGGCCUCAGCCAUCCAGAAGACCACGAUGAGGGUGAUCCGGCUCCACGAUGGAGUGGAGUACAUCUUCAGAGUGUUUGCUGAGAACAAGUAUGGAGUCGGAGAAUAUCUGAGGUCUGACGCAGUCAUCGCCCAGCAUCCAUUUAAUGUGCCCGAGGCGCCUGCUCCUCCAGAAAUAAUGAGCAUCCGCCACGAGUCGGCCAUCUUGACUUGGGAUGAUCCAAAGGACACCGGCGGUUCCCCAAUUACUGGAUAUCAUGUGGAGUUCAAGGAGAGGAACAGUCUGAUGUGGAAAAGAGCCUCGAAGACUCCUCUGAGAGUGAAGGAGUGCCGAGUCACUGGCCUGAUAGAGGGUCUGGAGUACGAGUUCAGGGUGAUGGCCAUGAACAUGGCCGGCCUUGGAAGGCCAAGCAGGGUCACUGAGGGUGUGGUUGCCCUCGACCCCAUUGAUCCUCCUGGCAAGCCUGAAGUGAUUAAUGUCACCAGGACCACGGUCACUCUGAUGUGGACUGUUCCCAAAUAUGACGGCGGUCACAAGCUGACGGGCUACAUGGUGGAGAAGCUGGAAGCUGGUGGUAAGGCCUGGAUGAAGGCCAAUCAUGUCAACAUCCAGGGCUGUGCCUUCACCGUCACUGACCUGACGGAGGGAUCCCAAUAUCAGUUCAGGAUCAGGGCUAAGAAUGCUGCUGGAGCUAUCAGUGUUCCCUCAGAGGCGACUGAGCUUCUGACCUGCAAGGAUGAGUAUGAGCCCCCGACCAUCACAAUUGAUUCAGACAUGAAGGACGGUGUAUCAGUCAAGGCAGGAGACACCAUCAUCAUCUCAGCCUCCAAGAUUUUGGGCAAACCUCCACCAACUGCUGUCUGGUCGAAGGGAGGACGAGAGUUGAAGAGUUCUGAUAUCAUCACCAUCACCAGCACCCCCACCUCCUCCACUGUGGCUAUCAAGUACGCAAGCAGGAAGAACACAGGAGAGUACACCAUCACCGCCAGCAAUCCCUUUGGCAUUAAGGAAGAACAUGUAAAGGUGAAGGUCCUGGAUGUGCCUGGACCAUCAGGCCCCAUCGAAGCCAGUAACAUUUCAGCUGAGAAGUGUACUCUGACCUGGCUUCCACCAGACGAGGAUGGAGGCUUCCCCAUCAAGUCCUACAUCCUUGAGAAGAGAGAGACCAGCCGCCUGCAGUGGACCAAGGUCGCUGAAAACGUCAUCGACUGCCGAUAUGUAGCCGCCAAACUGAUCAAGGGCAACGAGUACAUCUUUAGAGUGUUUGCUGUGAACCAUUAUGGCAUCGGAGACUCAAGCCAGUCUUGUCCAAUCAAAAUGAUUGACAGUUACCGCCCACCAGGCCCACCUUCAAUCCCAGAGAUCGAUAACAUCAGUAGGAACGCUAUCACCAUUUCAUGGAGGAGACCAGUUCAGGACGGUGGAAGUGACAUUGGAGGAUAUUGUGUAGAGAGGAAAGAGAAGAAGGGAAUGAGAUGGGUGAGAGCCAGUAAGAGGACGGUCCCUGACCUGCGCUGCAAGGUGCAAGGCCUCACUGAGGGAGUAGAGUAUGAGUUUAGGGUCACUGCUGAGAACAAGGCUGGAUUUGGCGAGCCAAGUGAGCCAUCAGCACCUGUGAUGACCAAGGAUAUUGUUUAUCCACCUGGUCCCCCAUCCAACGCCAGAAUUACAGACACUACAAAGACCACAGCCACCUUUGUCUGGGGCCGACCCCACUAUGAUGGUGGUCUUGAAGUAAAAGGAUAUAUCGUUGAGUACAAAAAGGAAGGGCACGAUGAUUGGGAGGUGGAGACACAGUAUCCAUUGAAAGCUACUGAAUAUGUCAUUGGUAAACUUCAAAAGGGAGGCAAAUACCACUUCAGAGUCACCGCCUUAAACUCAGAGGGAGUUGGCGAGCCUGCUGAGAUUGAGAAUGUGAUUGAACUGGUGGACCAGGAGACGCUGCCAGACUUUGAGCUGGAUGCUGAACUCAGGAAAACCCUGGUGGUCAGGUGCCGCGCUUCAAUUCGUAUGUUUGUUCCCAUCAGGGGUCGCCCUGUUCCUGAAGUAACCUGGAGCAAAGAUGACACCAACCUGAAAACACGUGCACACAUUGACACCACAGAGUCCUACACUCUACUGGUUAUUCCUGACUGCACCAGAUACGACGCUGGAAAGUACAACCUGUGUCUCGAGAACGUUGCUGGGAAGAAGACCGGCUUUGUUAAUGUGAAGGUUUUGGACACACCAGGACCACCAGUCAACGUCAAGCCUAGAGAGAUUACCAAGAAUAGCCUCACCCUCCAGUGGGAAAUCCCUAUUAUCGAUGGUGGUUCUAAGAUUUGCAACUACGUUAUUGAAAAGAGGGAGGCCACCAGGAAGGCCUACACAGUAAUUAGCACUACGUGGCAGAAAUGCUCCUUCAAGUUUACAGACCUUGAGGAGGGAUCUUACUACUACUUCCGUAUCUCUGCUGAGAAUGACCUGGGCGUAGGUGAGCCUGCUGAAUCCCCUGAGCCAAUCAGGGUGUCUCAGGCCCCCUUAGCACCAGAGAACUUGUACGUCACAGAUGUGUCAUCUGACAGUGCUAGUCUGGCAUGGGCCAAGCCUCUUCAUGAUUGUGGCAGCUUGAUCACCGGAUAUGUCAUUGAGUGCCAGAAGAAGGACACUGACCAGUGGGUUCAUGUGGACACCAUGAAGGCUCUGGACUACACUGUCACAGAUCUGAUUGAGGGCGCAGAAUAUAUCUUCCGCAUAAUGGCUGUCAAUGCAUCAGGCAGGAGUGACCCACGUGAGAGCAGGCCUGCUAUUAUCAGAGAGCAGGCAUCCGCUCCUUCCUUUGACCUGCGUGGAGUCUACCAGAUGACAGUAACCGCCAAAGCAGGCGAUCGCGUCAAGGUGGAGAUUCCAGUGCUCGGUAAACCCAGACCUGUGGUUUCCUGGAAGAAGGGAAACAUUGGGCUCAAGGAGACCCAAAGAAUCAACAUUGAAACCACACCAACGUCAACUAUCCUCAACAUUGGUGAGAUCAAGAGGACUGAUGGAGGCCAGUAUUCCAUGACUGGAAGGAACAUGCUGGGUACAGUGACUGAGAUUAUUACAGUCCUGGUCCACGAUAUUCCUGGUGCUCCCACUGGUCCCAUAAAGCUGGAAGAGGUUUCAUGCGAUUAUGUUCUCAUGUCUUGGGAGGCACCAGAGAAUGAUGGAGGCGUUCCCAUCAACAACUAUAUUGUUGAAAUGCGGGAGACUACCGGUACUUCCUGGAUGGAGUUGGCAGCUACAGUGAUCCGCACCACAUUCAAGGCAGCCCGACUCAACACUGGAACCCAAUAUCAGUUCCGUGUCAAGGCCCAGAACAGAUAUGGCGUUGGACCAAGCAUUGUCUCUGAACCAGUGGUGGCUGCAUAUCCAUUUGAUGUGCCAGGCCAGCCAGGCACUCCGGUGGUCACAUCUUUCAACAAAGAUGCGAUGACUCUGAGCUGGAAUGAGCCUUCCUCUAAUGGAGGCAGUGUCAUCCUUGGCUAUCACGUGGACAGAAAAGAGAAAAACAGCAUUCUGUGGCAGAGAACCAGCAAAGCAAUUGUUGUCGGAAAUAUCUUCAAAUCAACAGGCCUCGUUGAUGGAAUCGGUUAUGAACACCGCGUCAUUGCUGAAAACAUGGCUGGACUCAGCAAACCAAGCAAACCCUCUGAGACCAUUUAUGCUUUGGACCCAGUUGACCCACCAGGCAGACCUGUGGCCCUGAAUAUCACCAGACAUGAGGUGACAGUGUCGUGGACCAAACCAGAGGGAGAUGGUGGAUUUUCUAUCACUGGAUACACUGUAGAGAGGAGAGAGAUGCCCAAUGGGCGCUGGCUUAAAGCCAACUUUAACAACAUCCUGGAAACCAUCUAUACAGUCAGUGGGCUGAUCGAAGAUGCAACUUAUGAAUUCCGUGUGUUUGCAAGAAACUCAGCUGGUGCUGUCAGUGCUCCAUCCCAGUCAUCAGAGGCAAUCACAUGCAGAGAUGACAUUGAAGAGCCCAAGCUUGAUGUUGAUUCAUCGUAUAGCAGCAAUGUUGUUGUCAUGGCAGGAGAGUUGUUCAAGCUGGAGGCCAGUGUGACUGGCAGGCCAAUCCCAUGUCUGGUAUGGACAAAGGAAGGAAAGGAGCUUGAGGAUACAGGCAAGAUAGAGAUAAAGACAACUGACUUCCACACAACUCUAAUGGUCAAAGACUCCCUAAGGAGGGACGGCGGUGCUUUUACACUCACCGCCAGCAAUCCCGGUGGCUUUGCCAACUUCACCUUCAAUGUCAAGGUGCUCGACAGACCUGGGCCACCAGACUCCCUCACUAUUUCUGAUGUCGCUGCUGAGAAAUGUGUCCUUAACUGGCUACAUCCAACACAUGACGGUGGUGCCAAGAUCGAGUACUUUAUCAUCCAGAGGCGAGAGACCAGUAGAUUGGCAUGGACAAACGUGGCCACAGAGCUCCAGGCAAACAGGUUCAAGGUCACCAAGCUCAUAAAGGGCAAUGAAUACGUCUUCAGGGUCAUGGCUGUUAAUAAGUAUGGCGUGGGUGAGCCUCUGGAGUCUGAACCUAUCAUCUGUGCCAAUCCAUAUGUCCCCAGUGACCCACCACAGCAGCCUGAAGUCACAACCAUUACCAAGGACUCCAUGGUUGUCUGCUGGGAGCGCCCUGAACACGAUGGAGGCAGCAGAUUAGACACCUAUAUAAUUGAGAGAAGAGAUAAGACUGGUCUGCGCUGGGUGAAAUGCAACAAGAGGACUGUAACUGACCUGCGCUUUAAGGCUUCUGGCCUCACACCAGGACAUGAAUAUGAAUUUAGAGUUUUUGCUGAGAAUAAUGCUGGCCUAAGCCAGCCUAGUCUUUCCAGUCCAUUCUACAAAGCUGUAGAUACCAUCUUCCAGCCUGGACCUCCAGGGAACCCCAGAGUGCUGGACACAACCAAGUCUUCCAUUACGCUUUCCUGGAAUAAGCCUGUCUACGAUGGUGGUUCUGAAAUCACUGGCUACAUUGUGGAGACUUGCCUUCCUGAGGAGGAUGAGUGGACAAUACAGACUCCCAAGAAGGGAUGGACAGCCACUUCCUUCACCAUUACCAACUUAAAGGAAAACCAAGAUUACAAAAUCAACAUCUGUGCCACUAAUUGUGAGGGAGUGGGAGAACCCGCUGCUGUUCCUGGAGCCCCCAAGGCUGAAGACAGACUGCUUCCCCCAGAAAUUGAACUUGGAGCAGAUAUGCGUAAGGUGGUCUGCAUCAGAGCCUGUGGCACACUAAGGCUCUUUGUUCCUAUCAAGGGGAGACCAGUACCUGAAGUUAAAUGGUCAAGAGAGCACGGAGAAUCCCUGGACAGAGCUAACAUUGAAGUCACCUCAUCAUUCACCACUCUUCAGGUAGACAAUGUUGACAGGUUUGAUGCAGGUAAAUACAUGGUAACGGUGGAAAAUGCCUCAGGAAGCAAAACAGCCUUUGUUAAUGUCCGAGUGCUGGAUACUCCUGGAGCCCCUCAAAAUCUGUUUGUCAAGGAGAUCACCAGAGAUUCAGUUUCCCUCGUUUGGGAUGCACCUCUCAUUGAUGGUGGCUCCAGAGUCCGCAACUACAUUGUGGAGAAGCGAGAGUCAACCAGAAAGGCCUACUCAACAGUCUGUGCCAGCUGCCAUAAGUCCAGUUGGAAAAUUGGAGAACUGGAGGAAGGAAAAAUGUACUGCUUUAGAAUUCUUGCUGAGAAUGAAUAUGGCAUUGGUCUCCCAAUAGAGACUCUUGAAGCAAUUAAAGUAUCAGAGAAGCCCCUACCACCAGGCAAAGUGUCUCUUCUUGAAGUUACCAGCUCCAGUGUCACACUAACCUGGGAAAAGCCUGACUAUGAUGGUGGCAGCAGAAUCACAGGCUACAAUGUUGAGAUGCAGGGUAAAGGCAGUGAGAAGUGGACCCAGGUCAUGGUGGUAAAGACCACUGUGGCUCUUGUAGCUGGCCUUACACAAGGAGAGGAGUACAUGUUCCGUAUCUCAGCCACCAAUGAAAAGGGAGUUAGUGAUCCACGCGCUCUUAGUUUGCCUGUGGUGGCUAAAGACCUAGUCAUCUCACCCACCUUCAAACUGCUUUUCAGUACGUUCAGUGUGCUAGCAGGAGAUGAUCUGAAGAUAGAUGUUCCAUAUGCUGCCUGUCCAAAGGCUACAGCUACUUGGCUCAAAGAUGGCAUUCUUCUCAAGGAGACAACAAGAGUUAAUGCUGAAGCCACAGACAAAAACCUUCUCCUGGUUAUUAAGGAGGCUUGCAGAGAUGAUGUGGGCGCAUACACUAUCAAACUGACCAACACAAUUGGAGAAGCAUCUACAGACCUCAGUGUCAUUGUUCUAGAUAAGCCUUGUCCCCCAACUGGCCCAAUUAAGCUGGAUGAGGUCACUGCUGACAGCAUGGUCUUGUCCUGGAAUCCACCAGAGUAUGACGGUGGAUGUGCCAUCAGCAAUUACGUUGUUGAGAAGAGAGACACAUCUACCACUAACUGGCAGAUUGUUUCAGCCACUGUGGCCAGAACCACGAUCAAGGCAGCCCGUCUGAAGACUGGAGUCGAGUACCAGUUUAGGAUUGCUGCAGAGAAUAGAUAUGGCAAGUCCUCUGUACUGUUCUCUGAAACCAUUGUUGCUCAGUAUCCAUUUGAUGCGCCCGGCUCACCCCAUUCUGUUGUGGUCCAGUCAGCCACCAAUGAGAACAUGGUGGUUGUAUGGGCUACACCCAGCAAUGAUGGUGGGAGCAAAAUUUUGGGCUACCACUUGGAGCUCAAGGAGAGAAACAGUAUACUGUGGGUGAAACAGAACAAACAACUAAUCCCAGAGACCAGAUUUAAGGCUGUUGGCCUUGAGGAGGGUAUUGAAUAUGAGUUCAGAGUCUAUGCUGAGAACAUUGUUGGCCUCAGCAAAGCCAGCAAACUGAGUGAAAUGCAAGUGGCCAGAGAUCCUUGUGACAGACCAGGAAAACCAGAGGCUGUCAUUGUGACAAGAAACCGAGUGACACUCAGAUGGGCCAAACCUGAGUAUGACGGCGGCAUCAAGAUUACAGGCUAUGUGGUUGAGAAGAAGGAAGGAGCCGGCCGCUGGAUGAAAGCUAGUUUUGCCAACGUCCUUGAGACUGAAUUUGUUGUUACAGGACUUACUGAAGAUCAGAUUUAUGAGUUCCGUGUCAUCGCAAGGAAUGCAGCAAGUGUCUCCAGCCAGCCCUCUGAUUCUACUGGAACUAUUACUGCUAGGGAUGAGGUGGAUCCACCCAAGAUUGACUUAGAAGCUAAGUACUCCCAGGCUGUGGUGGUAAAUGCUGGAGAAACAUUCAGGCUCGAGGCUGCCAUUUCUGGUAAGCCUGUGCCCACAGUAUACUGGCGGAAGGAGGGCCAAGAGAUUGCUGAAGCAGCACGCCUAGAGGUCAAGAACACAGACUUUACAGCUUGCAUAGUGGUUAAAGAAGCUAUCCGUGUUGAUGGAGGUCAGUACACUUUGCUGGUAAAGAAUGUUGGAGGAGAGAAAUCCGUUAACAUUAAUGUCAAGGUCCUGGACAGACCAGGUCCACCCGAUGGCCCCAUCUCCAUCUAUGGGGUCACCAGUGAAAAAUGCUCCAUUGCCUGGAAAUCUCCCCUUCAAGAUGGAGGUAGCGAUAUUUCCCAUUACAUUGUUGAGAGGAGGGAAACCAGCCGACUGGUUUGGACUGUAGUUGAACAAAAAGUUCAGACACUGAACCUGAAGAUCACAAAACUUGUUCCUGGUAAUGAGUACAUCUUCAGAGUGAUUCCAGUCAACAAAUAUGGUGUUGGUGAGCCUCUGGAAUCUGAGCCGAUCAUUGCCAAAAAUCAAUUUGUUACUCCCAAUGCACCGACAGAUGUAGAAGUCUCCACAAUCACCAAAGACUCAAUGGUGGUGACCUGGGAUAGACCAACUAAUGAUGGUGGCAGCGCUAUUCAGGGAUACAUUGUUGAGAAACGGGACAAGGAUGGUGUGAGAUGGACCAGGUGCAACAAGCGCACAGUGUGUGAGCUGCGCUUCAGAGUGACAGGGCUCCUUGAAAACCACAGCUAUGAAUUCAGAGUUUCUGCUGAAAAUUCUGCGGGUGUUGGCAAACCUAGUGAACCAACAAUAUAUGACAAAGCAUUGGAUCCAAUCUUCACAGCAGGCCCACCAAACAAUCCCAAGGUGGUGGACACAUCUAGGUCGACUGUUUCUCUGACAUGGGGAAAACCCAUCUAUGAUGGUGGCUGUGAGAUUCAGGCUUACAUUGUUGAGGCCUGCAAUGUAGCAACUGACGAGUGGUUUAUGUGCACUCCUCCAAGCGGAAUCACAAACACCAAGUUCACAGUGACAAAGCUUCUGGAGAAGCACGAAUACCAAUUCAGAGUGUGCGCCAUCAACAAAGUUGGUAUUGGAGAGCAUGCUGAUAUUGCAGGAAAGAUUCUGCUGGAGGAAAAGCUUGAGGCUCCUGAUCUUGAAUUGGAUAAUGAUAUGAGAAAGAUGAUCAACAUUAGAUCAGCAAGCACCCUCAGGCUGUUUGUUCCUGUGAGAGGUCGUCCAGCUCCUGAGGUGAAAUGGGGGAAGGCUGAGGGCGCGAUCAAGGAGACAGCCCUGAUUGACAAUACAAGCAGCUAUGCUUCACUUGUCAUUGAGAAUGUUGACAGAUUUGACACUGGCAAGUACACCCUGACUGCAGAGAAUGCCAGCGGAGUGAAGUCAGUCUUCAUUAGUGUCAGAGUUUUGGAUUCACCUGGUCCACCAGCUAACUUUUUGGUGAAAGAGAUUACCAAGAAUUCCGUCACUCUCACAUGGGAGCCUCCACAUCUGGAUGGCGGCUCAAAGAUUAAGCAUUACAUUGUUGAGAAGCGUGAGAGUACAAGGAAAGUGUAUUCUCCCAUCACCACCUGCAACAAGAUGUCAUGGAAGGUUGAGCCUUUGCCAGAGGGCGGAAUCUUCUUCUUCAGAGUCCUGGCUGAGAAUGAAUAUGGGCUGGGUCUCCCUGCUAAAACCUUAGAACCAAUUAAGAUAUCUGAAAAGCCUCAGCCACCUGGUAAAGUCAGUGUUGUUGACGUCACCUGUAGCUCCGUAACUCUCUCCUGGGAGAAGCCUGAACAUGACGGUGGCAGUAGGAUCAGUUGCUAUGAAGUUGAAUUGGCUCCUAAGGACAGCGAAACCUGGUCUCUGUGCGCCAGUGGGAAAGCCCUGGAGACUGUAGUGACAAAUCUGCACAAGGGAGAGGAGUACCAGUUCAGAGUUUUUGCUGUAAACAGCAAGGGCAAAAGUGACCCCAGACAACUGGCUCAAUCAGUUGUAGCUAAAGACCUUGUGAUUGAGCCUUCUGUUAGGCCCCAAAUGAGCACCUACAGUGUCCAGGUGGGGUAUGACCUCAAGAUUGAAGUCCCAGUUGCUGGUCAUCCAAAGCCAAGCAUCAGUUGGACCAAGGAAGGAGCAGCCCUUAAGCAGACCACCAGAGUCAAUGUCACUGACUCAGCACGUCACACUACUCUCACCAUAAAAGAUGCUAUCAGAGAUGAUGAAGGCAUGUACAGCAUCAAUAUUGUCAAUUCCCUUGGUUCCAAGGAUGCCACUAUUGAGGUGAUAACCCUGGACAAACCAGGCCCACCAACAGGCCCUGUCAACUUUGAGGAUGUCAGUGCUGAAGGUAUGACUCUUAACUGGGAACCUCCUAUAUAUACAGGUGGCUGCCCAAUCUCUAACUAUGUGGUUGAGAAGAGAGACACAACAACAACCAACUGGGUGGUCUUAUCUGCCACUCUGGCAAGGACCAUGCUAAAAGUGAGCAAUUUGAAGACAGGCAGUGAAUACCAGUUCAGAAUCUAUGCAGAGAACAAAUAUGGAAAGAGUUAUGCAAUUGAUUCAGCGCCUAUUGUCGCUCAGUAUCCGUUCCAGGAGCCUGGCCCAUCAGGAACACCAUUUGUGGCUACAUACUCUAAAGACUAUAUGGUGGUUGAGUGGCACAAACCCCCAUCGGAUGGCGGCAGUGCCAUUUUGGGCUACCAUCUGGAACGAAAGGAGAAGAACAGUAUCCUCUGGACCAAGAUCAAUAAAAUGCUCAUCCAAGACUGCAGGUUCAAAUCUACUCCUCUUGAGGAAGGCAUUGAGUACGAAUACAGAGUCUAUGCUGAGAAUAUUGUUGGCAUCGGAAAAUGCAGCAAAGUCUCUGAGGUGUAUGUAGCCCGUGACCCAUGCUAUCCUCCUGGCCUUCCUGAGGCAGUGAUUGUGACCAGGCACUCAGUGAAGCUGAAGUGGACCGCUCCAGAGUAUAAUGGUGGAAGCUUAAUUACUGGCUAUGUAGUGGAGAAACGUGACCUUCCUGAGGGAAAGUGGAUGAAGGCCAGCUUUGCAAACGUCAUUGAACAUGAGUUCACAGUUACUGGUCUGACAGAACACAGUAAAUAUGAUUUCAGAGUAAUUGCAAGGAAUGCAGCUGGAGCUGUCAGCAAGCCCUCUGAGAGCACAGGAUCCAUCACAGCCAUGGAUGAAAUUGACCCACCUAAGUGUGAGACAGAUCCCAUGUACAACCAGACCAUUGUUAUCAAUGCUGGAGAGACUUUCAGUUUGGAGGCCUGUGUGGAAGGAAAACCCAUCCCCACAGCCCAGUGGUUCAGAGGAAAUAUUGAAGUUGAAAACUCAGCAAGAGCUGAGAUCAAAAACACAGAUUUUAAGGCGUUGCUCAUUGUGAAGGAUGCCAUCAGAGUGGAUGGUGGACAGUACACACUGGUUCUGACUAAUGUGGCUGGAACUAAGACUGUCCCAUUCAGUGUGAAGGUCCUGGACAGACCAGGACCCUCAGAAGGACCUCUUACUGUCAGCAAUGUCACUGAGGAAAAGUGCUCCCUCUCAUGGUUGCCCCCCAGGCACGAUGGAGGAGCUAACAUUUCUCAUUACGUCAUUCAGAAGAGAGAAACCAGCCGCCUGGCAUGGACUUUAGUCUCCGGUGACUGUGGAGCUACCAUGUUCAAGGUUACCAAACUGUUGAAGGGCAAUGAGUACAUCUUCAGAAUAUUGGCUGUCAACAAAUACGGAACGGGCGAGCCUCUUGAAUCAGUGCCAGUUAUGAUGAAAAAUCCAUUUGUUCCCCCUGGCUCACCUGAGGAGCUUGAGAUCACAAACAUUACCAGAGACUCAAUGACUGUCUGCUGGAACCGCCCUCAGGCAACUGGAGGCAGUGAGAUUGCUGGUUACAUUGUUGAGAAGAGAGACAGAGCUGGAGUGAGAUGGACAAAGUGCAACAAACGCAGUGUGACAGACUUACGUUUCAGAGUAACAGGACUGACUGAGGACCAUGAAUAUGAAUUCAGGGUAUCUGCUGAGAAUGUAGCUGGAGUGGGUCAGCCAAGCCCACCUACAUCCUACCUCAAAGCCUGUGACCCUUCCUUUGAACCGGGCUGCCCCUCCAAUGCCCAUGUGGUCAAUUUGACUAAAGACACCAUUAGUGUGGCCUGGCACCGGCCUAUCUAUGAUGGUGGUUGUGAGAUUCAAGGAUACGCUGUGGAGAUUACGAAGGCUGAUGAGGAGGAGUGGGGCAUAUACACUCCACCCUCUGGAGUUAAUGCUACCAAGUUUACCAUCACUAAGUUGAUAGAGCACCAGGAAUACAAGGUGCGUAUAUGUGCCAUCAACAAGCUGGGUGUUGGUGAGCCCACCGAGAUCGAGGGAGUCGUGAAACCAUUAGAUAAGCUUGAUCCUCCAGAGAUGUUUCUGGAUGCACAGCUCAGGAAGGGAAUAGUUGUCCGAGCAGGAGGCUCAAUGAGAAUCUGUGUUCCAUUCAAAGGCCAUCCUACUCCUGAGAUCAGCUGGGCCAAGGAGGAUGGAGCACUGCCCACAAAAGCUCAGAUAGACUCUGGUGAAGAAUACUCACAGCUCUCCAUUGACAUCUGUGACAAAUACGAUGCUGGAAAAUACAUCCUCAACUUGGAAAAUAGUGCUGGCACCAAAUCAGCCUUUGUUUCUGUUAAAGUUCUGGACACUCCGGGAGCCCCUGUAAAUCUGACAGUAAAAGACGUUAAGAGGGAAAGUGUCACUCUGACCUGGGAGCCUCCUCUUAUUGAUGGAGGUUCAAGAAUCAAGAAUUACUUGGUUGAAAAGCGUGAGUCAACCAGAAAUGUUUACUCUAGCGUGGACAACAAGUGCACAAAGACAAGCUACCGUAUCACUGGCCUCACUGAGGGAACUAUCUACUAUUUCAGAAUCUUAGCGGAGAAUGAGUUUGGUGUUGGAAAGCAAGCUGAGACAGAACACUCAGUGAAGACCUCUGAGCCUCCUCUAUCAGUUGGUAAAGUCACUUUGACUGAAGUGACCAAAACCUCCGCCUCCUUCUCCUGGGAGAAGCCAGACCAUGAUGGCGGCAGCAGGAUCAUAGGCUACUACAUUGAGAUGCAGCCUGUGGGUUUAGAAGAAUGGGUGGUGGCCGCCACAACCAAAACGUGUGAGGGCACUGUCACAAGCCUAAGUUCGGGGCAUGAGUACCUCUUUAGAGUCUCAGCUUUCAAUGAAAAGGGCAGGAGUGACCCCAGGGCUCUGGCUGCCCCAGUCACUGCUAAAGAUGUGACUAUGAAGCCCGGAUUCAAGAUGGCAUUCAACACUUACAGUGUACAGAAUGGUGAUGAUCUGAAGAUUGAGAUUCCAGUGAUUGGGCGCCCUGUUCCCAAGGUUGAAUGGAAAAAGUAUGGACAAGCUCUUAAGGAGACAACUAGACUAAAUGUAUCCAGCGGACUUUCAUCUACUAAGUUGUGCAUCAAGGAUGCAAAUAAGGACGACUCGGGUAAAUACACCAUCACAGCCACCAGCAAUGUUGGAACAGCUACAGAGGAGAUAACUGUCAUCAUUCUUGAAAAGCCUGGCCCACCCACAGGCCCUUUGAAGAUUGAGGAGGUGAGCUCCAAUUAUGUGUCCCUCUCCUGGGAGCCACCAGUGUAUACUGGAGGCUGUCAGAUAAACAACUACAUUGUGGAGAAGAGAGAUACGACCACGACAGCAUGGCAGAUUGUGUCUGCUACUAUUGCCAGAUCAACCAUCAAAGUCACCAACCUAAAGACUGGAAUUGAGUAUCAAUUCAGAGUGUCUGCUGAGAAUAGAUAUGGAAAGAGUUCUGCCAUUGUCUCAUCCAAUGUUAUUGCUCAAUAUCCAUUCAGUGAGCCUGAUGCUCCUGGAGCACCAAUUGUUUCUGCUGCAACAAAGGAAAACAUGGUUGUUGAAUGGAAAGCUCCCACCAACAACGGAGGCAGUCCAGUCUUAGGCUAUCACUUUGAGAGAAAGGAGAAAAACAGCCUCUUGUGGACUAAACUCAACAAGCUUCUAAUCCCAGACACGCGUUUCAAGACUUCAGAGCUGGAAGAAGGUAUUGAGUAUGAAUUCAGAGUUUAUGCUGAGAAUAUUGCUGGACUCAGCCCAGUUAGUAAGGUGUCUGAGAGCACAGUAGCUAGGGACCCCUGUGACCCACCGGGCACUCCUGAGGCCAUUAAUAUCACCAGAAAUUAUGUGACGCUUCAGUGGACAAGGCCACAGUAUGAUGGAGGCAGUGCAAUCACUGGCUAUGUGAUUGAAAGGAAGAAGCAGCCAGAUACUCGCUGGAUGAAGACCAGCUUCGCCAACAUUCUUAAUACCCAGCACACAGUGACUGGUCUGACUGAAGACUGUGUUUAUGAGUACAGAGUCAUUGCCAGGAACGCUGCUGGAAUUUUCAGCCGUCCUUCUCAGAGCACAGGAGAGAUUACUGCCAAAGAUGAAAUUGAAGCUCCAGAAGUCACAAUGGAUUCAAAAUUCAAGGAUAUGACUGUUGUUAGUGCUGGUGAGACAUUUGUCAUUGAUGCCGACUAUACUGGCAAGCCUCUGCCUGAAGUAAUUUGGUUAAAGGAUGGAAAAGAGAUUGACCAAACCACACCAAGAAUGGAGGUCAAGACCACCCUCACACGAACCAUCCUCACAGUCAAGGAUUGCAUCAGAGUGGAUGGUGGCCACUAUUACCUCAAACUUGUCAAUGUAGGAGGAGUCAAGAUGGUCCCAGUUAAUGUCAAAGUUCUGGAUAGACCUGGUUCUCCAGAUGGCCCGCUAGAAGUUAAAGGGGUCACAGCUGAGAAAUGUUAUCUGCACUGGAACCAUCCCUCACAUGAUGGUGGAGCAAGCAUCUCUCACUACAUCAUUGAGAAGAGAGAGACCAGUCGUUUGUCAUGGACUAUGAUUGAGCCCAAGAUCCAGGCCAUCAGCUACAAAAUCACAAAACUGCUGCCCGGCAAUGAAUACAUCUUUAGAGUUACUGCUGUGAAUAAAUAUGGUGUUGGUGAACCUUUGGAGUCCGAGCCUGUUAUUGCUCGUAACCCCUUCACCACUCCCAGUGCACCGUCAACCCCAGAGACCAGCGCUAUCACUCGGGACUCCAUUGUGCUUACAUGGGAGAGACCAGAGCAUAAUGGAGGAGCUGAGAUUGAAGGAUAUAUCCUUGAAAAACGUGAUAUGGAUGGCAUCAGAUGGACUAAGUGCAAUAAGAAGAGACUGAGUGACCUGAGAUUCAGAUGCACUGGCCUCACAGAGGGCCACUCCUAUGAAUUCAGGAUCUCGGCUGAAAAUGCUGGUGGUGUGGGAAAGCCUAGUGCACCAACUGAAUACAUCAAAGCCUGUGAUGCCAUUUAUCCACCAGGAUCUCCAAACAACCCCAAAGUCACCGGCCAUUCAAGCACCACAGUGUCCCUGUCCUGGUCCAGACCUAUCUAUGAUGGUGGAGCUCAGAUAAGCGGAUAUGUUGUUGAAAGGAAAGAGGCAGCAGAUGAUGAAUGGAUCACUUGCACACCACACACUGGUGUUCAGGCCACACAAUACACUGUGAAGCAUCUGAAGGAGAAUGCAGAGUAUAACUUCCGCAUCUGUGCCAUUAACUGUGAGGGAGUAGGAGACCAUGUGGACCUACUUGGGUCUGUGAUCGCUGCAGAAAAGCUUGAGGCACCUGAAAUUGAACUAGAUGCUGACCUGAGGAAGAUGGUCAAUGUUCGUGCGACUGCCUCCUUGCGUCUGUUUGUGCCAAUCAGAGGAAAGCCAGAGCCAGAGGUCAGAUGGUCAAAGGCCGAUGGCACUUUGAAUGAGCGUGCCCAGAUUGAAGUCACAACCUCUUACACAAUGCUGGUGAUCGAGAAUGUCGAUAGAUUCGACACUGGUAAAUAUGUACUGAACCUUGAGAACCUCAGUGGUUCUAAAUCAGCCUUUAUCAAUGUCAGAGUUCUGGACUCCCCGAGCGCUCCUACCAACCUGGUGGUUAAGGAUGUAAAAAGAACUUCUGUCUCUAUCUCCUGGGAGCCUCCUUCAAUAGAUGGUGGGGCUAAGAUAUCGCACUAUAUUGUGGAGAAAAGAGAGCAGAAGAGAAUGGCUUUCACUAGUGUUUGCACCAGCUGUGUGAGGAACUCUUACCUUAUUUCUGACCUGCAAGAGGGAGGCCGAUACUAUUUCCGUGUGUUGGCUGUGAACGAGCUUGGAGUAGGUCUGCCUGCCUCCACAGAUCAAGUCAAGGUGGCCGAGGCUCCUUUGCCUCCUGGGAAGAUUGUCCUGGUUGAUGUAACUCGUCAUACAGUCUCUCUUUCCUGGGAGAAACCUGAUCAUGACGGAGGCAGCAAGAUCACAAACUUUAUUGUUGAGAUGCAGCCAAAGGGAGAUGACAAAUGGUCCGUAUGCAGUGAAGUCAAAGCACUGGAAGCUACUAUUGGUGGACUCACAACUGGAGAGGAAUAUUCCUUCCGGGUGAUUUCUGUGAAUGCUAAGGGGAGGAGUGAUGCUAAGCCUCUGGCUACCCCUGUGGUUGUGAAGGACAUUACGAUGCUGCCCAUCGCCAACCUGUUGUACGACACAUACAGUGUAAACGCAGGAGAUGACCUGAAGGUUGAUGUUCCAUUCAGAGGCCGACCUCAGCCUGAAGUUUCCUGGAAGAAGGAUGGCCAAGUGCUUAAGCAGACAACACGGGUCAAUGUUCUUACUUCCAAGACCUCAUCCAAGAUUUUCAUCAAGGAUGCAACCAAGGAGGAUGUAGGAAAGUAUUUGAUUACUCUGACAAACUCAGUUGGCACCAACACAGCUGAAAUAUCAGUUAUAAUCCUGGACAAACCGGGCCCACCCAGCAACAUUAAGAUGGAUGAGGUGAGUGCUGACUUCAUCUCUCUUUCUUGGGAUCCGCCAACCUAUGAUGGUGGAUGCCAAAUUAACAACUAUGUUGUGGAGAAAAGAGACACUACCACAACCUCAUGGCAGAUUGUUUCAGCAACAGUAGCCAGAACAUCAAUCAAGGUGUCUCGUCUCAAUCAGGGUACAGAGUAUCAAUUCCGUAUUGUAGCUGAGAACCGUUACGGCAAGAGUUCAGCUCUUGACUCUACUCCCGUUAUUGCACAGUAUCCAUUUGAUUCUCCUGGUGCUCCAACCAACGUCCAUGUUUCCCAUGCCACCAAGUAUGGCAUGCUCGUGGUGUGGGGCAAACCUGCCACUGAUGGUGGCAGCCCUGUAAUUGGUUAUCACAUUGAAUGCAAAGACCAAAGCAGCAUCCUGUGGACCAAGGUCAACAGAGGUCUGCUGGCUGAGAACCAGUUUAAAAUGACAGGCAUUGAAGAAGGCCUACUGUAUCAGUUUAGAGUCUAUGCUGAGAAUAUGGCUGGAAUUGGACCUUGCACUAAGGCAUGUGACCCUGUGGCAGCCAGGGAUCCAUGUGAAUCUCCACGUAACCUUAGAGUCACCAACAUUACCAGGACCUCAGUUUCCCUCUUCUGGGAGAAGCCAGAGUAUGAUGGCGGAAUAAAGAUAACUGGGUACAUUGUUGAGCGUAAAGAACUUCCCAGUGGCCGCUGGCUCAAAUGCAACUUCACCAACUUGCAAGACACCUACUUUGAUGUCACAGGCCUCACAGAAGAUGUCCAAUAUGACUUCCACAUCAUCACUAAGAAUUCUGCAGAGCUGUUAAGUGCUCCCUCAGAGAGCACUGGUCCCGUCACAGUCAAGGAUGACGUUGACCCUCCCUCUAUCACCAUGGAAGAUGAGUUCAGACAGCUGGUUGUGAUUAAGGCUGGAGAGAUCAUUCGAAUUGAUGCUGAAAUCACAGGCCGUCCACUACCAGUUGUAUCAUGGUCUAAGGAUGGAAAGGAGAUUGAGAAGGAGGCCAGGUGUGAAAUCAUGUCCACCAACUUCGCAACUACACUGAUUGUCAGAGACGCAAUCAGGAGAGACUCUGGCCAGUAUGUCCUGACCUUGCACAAUGUGGCAGGAACCAGGUCUGUGGCUAUCAACUGUAAAGUUCUGGACAGACCUGGACCUUCAUCAGGACCAUUGGCAGUAUCUGGCGUGACGGGUGAGAAAUGCACCAUAAAUUGGGGCCCCCCUCAGGAGAACGGUGGUGCUGAAAUCAUGCACUACAUUGUCGAAAAACGUGAGACCAGUCGGCUCACCUGGACUCUUGUCUUUGGUGACAUGAAGGCAACCACCUGUAAAGUGACCAAGCUGCUCAAAGGAAAUGAGUACAUCUUCAGGGUCAGGGGAGUCAACAAAUAUGGGGAUGGUGAAGCUCUGGAGAGUGAGCCAACAAAGGCCAUAGAUCCAUUCACUGUGCCUGCCUCGCCUACUAAUGUACAGGUCACUGCAAUUACUAGUGAGGCAAUGACCAUCUGUUGGGAAAGACCCAUUUCUGAUGGUGGCAGCAGCAUCUCUGGCUACGUCAUUGAAAAGCGGGAGAAGACUGGCCUUCGCUGGUGCCGUGUCAACAAGAAGCCUGUUUAUGACCUCAGAGUCAAAGCCUCACGCCUUUGUGUUGGCAGUGAGUAUGAGUACAGAGUGUUUGCAGAGAAUUCUGCUGGCCUCAGUGCUCCCAGCGUCCCUUGUCCACUCACAAAGGCUGAAGACCCACUGUUCCUCCCCUCACCUCCUGCUAAGCCGAAGAUCAUCGACUCUUCAAGGACAACAAUCACCCUGUCAUGGAAUAAGCCACUCUUUGAUGGUGGAUCACCUGUAACGGGUUACAGAGUCAAAUACAGGAACACCUUCGAUGAUGAAUGGAUUACUGGAGUCCAGAAUACCAAGAACACAGAGUUCACAGUGGUGGGAUUGACACCUGGGGCUGAAUAUGUGUUUGUUGUCAAGUCCAUUAACAAGAUUGGAGCCAGUGAGUCAAGUCCUGAAUCUGACAAACAGGUCGCCACAGAAAGAGAGGAGGAGCCCGUCUUUGACAUCAGCAAUGACAUGAGGAAGACUCUUAUUGUGAAGGAUGGUAGCUCAUUCACCAUGACAGUACCCUUCAGAGGCAAACCCAUUCCCAGUGUUACAUGGUCGAAGCCUGAUAUUGACCUUAGAGUUCGUGCUGUCAUUGACACCACAGACACCUUCACCUCCAUCACUUUAGAGAAAGCAACUCGCAAUGACUCUGGCAAAUACACCAUCACUUUGUCCAGCGUAGCUGGAACCUCCUGCUUGACACUGCAUGUCAGAGUCCUGGAUUCCCCUGGACCUCCUGCCCAUGUAGAGGUCAAAGACGUGACCAAGAUCUCUGCUACAGUAACCUGGGACACUCCUGAGAAUGAGGGAGGAGGACCAGUUAAUAACUACCUUGUUGAUAUCCGUGAGGCCAGCCAAAAAGGCUGGACCAGGUUGACUGACGCUUGCAACAGACUGACAUACAAGGUGAUGGACGUGCUAGAGGGAGGAGUCUACUUCUUUAGAGUAACGGGCGAGAAUGAGUACGGAGUUGGUGUUUCUGCUGAGACCAAAGAGGCAACCAAAAUCACAGAAAAACCAAGCCCCCCACCAAAGCUGGGUGUGACUGACGUUACCAAGGACAGUGUGUCCUUGGUCUGGGCCAAACCAGAACAAGACGGCGGCAGCAGAAUUACUGGAUACUUGGUGGAAGCUCUGGAGAUAGGCCAGGAGAAGUGGGUUAAAUGUGGCGUGACCAAGUCCAUCCACUUCACAGUGUCUGGUCUGAGGGAGAACGUUGAGUACUUCUUCAGAGUCAGAGCAGAAAACCAUGCUGGCUUCAGUGACAUUAAAGAAAUGCUCACCCCAGUAGUGGUUAAAGACCAGCUUGAAUCUCCUGAGAUCAACAUGAAGGACUUCCCCCACAACACAGUGUAUGUUAGAGCCGGCUCCACCCUCAAGUGUGAGAUGCCACUGACAGGCCGGCCUUUGCCUAAAGUCUCCCUGUCCAAGGAUAACGUGCAACUCAAGUCAACAAUGAGGUUCAACUCUGAAGUCACCCCUGACAGCAUCAAGAUAAGUUUGCGGGAGAGCAUUGCUGUAGACUCAGGACGCUAUGACAUCACUGCCUCCAACUCCAGUGGAACCACCAAAUCCUUUAUAAAUAUAAUGGUUCUGGACCGCCCCAGUGCUCCACUUGGUCCUGUGGAGCUGUUUGACGUCACAGAAGACAGUGUGAGCCUGAAUUGGUUCCCACCUGCAUAUGAAGGUUGUAGCCCCAUCACCAACUACGUCAUCCAGAAGAGAGAGACGACCACAGCCAACUGGAUGGAUAUCUCUUCUGCUGUGGCCCGCUGCACCGUGAAGGUCAUGAAGCUGACCACUGGCCUGGAGUACCAGUUCAGAAUCAGGGCUGAGAACAGAUAUGGAAUCAGCGAGCACAUUGACUCGCCAGCUGUAACUGUCAGCCUUCCUUACACUAUUCCUGAAGCCCCAUCAACUCCAGAGAUCACUGGUGUAACCAGGGAGACCAUUACUGUCGCCUGGAAGGAGCCGGCUUCAGAUGGCGGCAGCCAUGUGUUCGGCUACCAUCUCCAGAUGAAAGACAGAAAUAGCAUCCUUUGGCAGAGGGUCAAUAAAAUGGUGAUCCGUGCAACACACCUUAAGGUCACCAACAUCAACGCUGGGCUCAUUUACGAGUUCAAGGUAGCAGCGGAGAACGCUGCUGGAAUCAGUGCCUUCAGCAAGAUUUCUGACGCAGUGCUAGCUAUUGAUGCCUGUGAGCCACCCACCAACGUUUGUAUAAAUGACAUCACCAAGAACUCCAUUAGCCUUGUUUGGCAGAGGCCCAACUACGACGGCGGAUCGACAAUCACCGGUUACAUCAUUGAGAAGAGAGAGGGCGUUCAUGGCAGGUGGUUAAAGACGAACCUCUCCAAUGUCUCAGAAACCCGCUUCACUGUGACGGGCCUCACCCAGGACGAGACGUACGAGUUCAGAGUCAUGGCCAGGAAUGCCGUUGGCUCAGUGAGCAACCCCUCCAUGACAGCUGGACCAGCCACAUGUGUGGACACCUACGGUGCCCCAGAGAUUGAUAUACCUCAAGAGUACUUCAACGAAGUCAAGCACAUGGCUGAAUCUAAUGUGGAGCUCAUGUUCAAAAUAAAAGCCAAACCUGCUCCUACCAUCGAGUGGUUUAAGGAUGGCAGAGAGCUUGAGCCUUCUGCGCACCUCUUUUUCAAACACACAUUUGAGUCCACCAGUGUGUUCCUCAAGGAAACCUCUCGUCUUAACUCUGGAGUCUAUGAGGUCAAGGUGAAGAACUCCCUUGGAUCUGCGACCGGCAUUGUCAGACUGCUCAUUCAAGAUAAGCCAGGCCCCCCUGAUGGAGAGAUUCAGUUUAAGAAGGUGACGGCCGACAACAUCACCAUCAUGUGGUCCCCACCUGCUGACGAGGGCGGUGCCAUGGUCACGCAUUAUAUUGUGGAAAAGAGGGAGACCAGCAGGAUCAUGUGGUCCAUUAUCUCAGAGAAAUUGGUCGACUGCAUUGUUAACGUGCCCAGACUUAUCCAGGGCAAUGAGUACAUCUUCAGAAUCCGAGGAGUCAACAAGUAUGGCAUUGGAGAGGCACUGGAGUCCGAACCGAUAGUCGCAAAGAAUGCGUUCGUUGCUCCUAGCGAGCCAUCCAAGCCUACAGUGUCCAUAAUCACCAAGUCUAACAUGACAGUGAUCUGGGAAAGACCGGCGGUGGAUGGAGGCAGCGACAUCGACGGCUACUACCUGGAGAAGAGGGAGAAGAAGAGUCUGCAGUGGUUCAAGGUGGUGAAGGGCACCAUCAGAGACACCAGACAGAAAGUCACCAACCUGACGGAGAACAACGAGUACCAGUACAGAGUGUGUGCUGUGAACAAGGCUGGAGCAGGAAACUACUCUGAGGCUUCUGACCUCUACAAGGCCUACGACCCCAUCGAUCUGCCUGGUGAGCCAUCCAAGCUGCGUGUGGUCGAUUCCACAAAGACCUCCAUCACCCUCGGCUGGGAGAAGCCCGUCUACGAUGGCGGCAGUGAAGUCACACACUACAUUCUGGACCAGUUGAACACAGAGGAAAAAGAAUGGGUGACCAUCAACCCACUGGUCAAGACCUGCGAGUAUGUGGUGUCUCACCUCAAACCAGGAUGCUCCUACUUCUUCAAAGUCUUUGCUGUCAACUCCAAGGGGAAAGGAGAAGACAUCAGAAUGUACCAGCCCGUGCAAGCCAAAGAUAUUUUGGAGGAGGCUGAUUUGGACUUGGACGUUCCCAUGAAGACCCAGUACACAGCCAGGGCCGGCCGUGACGUGGAAGUGUUUAUCCCCCUGAAGGGACGCCCCACCCCCAGCAUCACAUGGCGCCGCAGCGACCGCAACAUUGCUGCCGACACCCGCUACACCAUCACUAGCACUGAGCGAGCCACCACACUCCUCAUCCCCAAGGUCACCCGCGAUGACCGCGGCAAGUACCUGCUGGAGAUUGAGAACGGCGUGGGAGAACCCAAGGUCAUCACCGUUUCCAUAAAAAUUCUGGACAGUCCCUCUACCUGCCAGAAACUGAUGGUCAGGAACGUGACGAGAGGCAACCUGACCCUGAGCUGGGAGGCUCCUCUCAUUGAAGGCGGUUCCCCCGUCACUCAUUACAUUGUGGAGAAGAAGGCCUCCACCAUGAAGGCUUACCAGAUGAUCAAUGCCAAGUGGACCAACACAUCCUACAAGGUGUCAGGCCUGGAGGAAGAUAUAGCUUACUUCUUCCGUGUGUCUGCUGAAAAUGAGUAUGGUGUGGGCGACACCUGUGAGACCACCGAGCCAGUAAGAGCCACGGAGACACCUGGAGCUGUCAAGAACCUGGUAAUGGCCGACUCCACAAAGAACUCAGUUACCUUGCAGUGGGACAGACCAGACCACAACGGUGGCAGCCACAUCACCGAAUACAUCAUUGAGAAGAGAACCACGGAAGAAACCAACUGGUCUUUGGGAGCCACAUGCAAGCGCUUGAACUGUGAGGUGACAGGACUUAAGGAGAACGACAUAAUGGACUUCAGAGUGUUCGCCAAGAAUGAGAAGGGCAACAGUGACUUCUCCGUUAUUAGUGACAUCACAGUAAUGGACUUCAUUAUUCCGCCCGAGGCCAGUCUCAUUGACUAUCCCAAUGGCGUUGCUGUUCGUAUCGGUCAGAACAUCCACAUUGAGUUGCCCUUCAAGGGAAAACCAAGACCUGCAAUCAGCUGGCUGAAGGAUAACUUGCCCCUGAAAGAAUGUGAUGUUAUCCGCUUCAGGACGACUGACAACAAGACCGCAGUCACAGUCAGAGAAGUCAAGAAGGAGCAUGCCGGCCAGUACACCUUGGUUCUGGACAACAGGGUCAUAAAGAACUACUUUGACAUUAAAGUGAUCACUCUGGGACCCCCCACGGUGCCAGUUGGACCCAUCCGCUUUGAUGAGGUCAAAGCUCAGAGUAUCAUCAUUUCCUGGGAUGAGCCGAAGGAAAACGGAGGUGGUGAGAUCACCUGCUACAGCGUGGAGAAACGUGAGACUUCUCAGGCCAACUGGAAAAUGGUCUGCUCCAGUGUCGUCAGAGCCACCUUUAAGAUACCCAACCUGGUAAAGGGAACUCAGUACCAGUUCAGAGUCCGUGCAGAGAACAAGUUUGGAGUCAGUCAAUCACUCACCUCCUCAGAAAUUGUUGCCCAACACCAGUACAAACCUCCAGGGCCACCCGCAAAGCCAGUGGCCUUCAACGUCAUCAGUGAUGGUAUGACCAUCAGGUGGGAGGCCCCAGGCUUCGAUGGAGGAUCCCCCAUUCUGGGCUAUCAUGUGGAAAAGAAGGACAGGAACAGCCUCUUGUGGCAGAAGGUGAAUUCGACCAUCAUCUCCAACAAUGAGUACAGGAUCAACGGCCUCAUUGAAGGACUGGAGUACUCCUUCAGAGUCUACGCUGAGAACAACGCCGGACUCAGCCAGAUGAGUGAACAGAGCAAGCAUGCGCUCGCCAUCUGCCCUGUUGAUCCACCUGGUAACCCCGUCUGCAUCGACGUCACCAGAGACUCAGUCACUCUCCAGUGGAGCAUCCCCAAGAAGGAUGGCGGCAGCAGAAUUGUUGGCUACAGUGUGGAGCGGCGCCAAGGAAGAGGCAAAUGGCUGCGAUGCAACUUCAUUGAUGUCUGCGAGACCCAGUUCACUGUGACUGGUCUGUCCGCUGGAGACAGAUUUGAGUUCAGAGUCAUCGCUAGGAACGCUGUCGGCACAGUCAGUCCGCCAUCCAACUCCUCUGGAUACAUUAUGACCAAGGAUGAGAGCAUUUCUCCUGAGAUCGAGUGGUCUCCAGAUCAGCUGCUCACGCUGAAGGCUGGAGAGAACAUUCAGCUCAACUGCAGCAUCACGGGACGUCCCGUCCCUCAGGUGGUGUGGUACAAGGAUGGCAAAGAGAUUGACAAGAGGACCAUGUAUGACAUCGAGAUUACAAGCGACAUUGGUACCAGCAGUCUUUUUGUUCGUGACGCUGACAGGAACCACCGUGGCAUCUACACCGUAGAGGCCAGGAACAGCUCAGGCAAUAAGAAAGCUGAGGCCAAUAUCAGAGUGCAAGACACUCCCGGACCUGUGGAUGGUCCCAUCCGUUUCACCGGUAUCACGGCCGAGAAGUGCACCGUGUGGUGGAACCCGCCAGAAAACGACGGCUGUGCUGCCAUCAGCCACUACGUGGUUGAGAAGAGGGAGACGUCCAGGGUCUCCUGGGCCUUGGUCACUUCCAAAUGCGAAGCCUGUUCUUUCAAUGCUGCUAACCUAAUCAAGGGCAAUGAAUACCAGUUCAGAAUCUCUGCUGUCAACAAGUCUGGUGUUGGAAAAUCACUGGACUCUGAUCCCAUCAUCGCACAGAUGCAAUACACUGUGCCCGAUACCCCUGGCACUCCAGAUGCCACCCACGUGACCGGUACCAGCAUCACUGUGUGCUGGACCAGGCCACGGUCCGAUGGAGGUAAUGAGAUCAAACACUACAUCCUGGAGAGGAGAGAGAAGAAGAGCCUGCGCUGGUUGAAGGUCUCCUCCAAGAGGCCCAUCACUGAGCUCAGACACCGGGUCAUCAACCUCACUGAGGGCAACGAGUACGAGUUCCGCGUCAUGGCUGAAAACGGUGCUGGAAUCGGACCGGCCAGCAGUACUUCUAGACUCUUCAAAUGCAAGGAACCAACCAGUGCUCCCAGUGCCCCCACACUAAUCAAGGUCACUGACUCCACCAAGUCCUCCAUCACCAUUGAAUGGACUAAACCAGUCUUCGAUGGUGGCUUGGAAAUCAUCGGCUACAAUAUCGAUAUGUGCAAGGCCAGUCUGGAGGAGUGGCACAGAGUCAACAACCAGCUGUGCAUCGACACCAGAUACACUUCCAAGGGAUUGGUGCCCGGAGAGCUCUACAAGUUCAGGGUCAGCGCUGUGAACGGAUCUGGAGAGGGCGACGCCUCAGUGCUGCCAAGCGCUGUUCAGGCUCUGGACAGACUCACGUCUCCCGAGAUCGACAUUGAUGCCAACUUCAAGCAGACUCACAUCGUGAAGAACGGAGGCACGGUCACCCUUCAAGUUGCCUUCCGCGGCAAACCAGCUCCUCUCGCCACCUGGUCUAAGAUAGAUGGUGAGCUGCCUGUCAUGGGCGAUAUCAACACCACAGAUUCCUUAUCCACUCUCACCAUCGAGGGUUGCACAAGGUACGAAGCGGGCAAAUACGUCCUGUCCCUGGAGAACAACAGCGGCCGCAAGUCCAUCACAUUCACCAUCAAAGUGCUAGACACACCCGGCCCUCCGGGAGCCAUCACCUUCAAGGACGUUAUCCGCGGAGCCUUGACUGUUAUGUGGGAUGCCCCCACCAAUGAUGGCGGAGCCCGGAUCCACCACUACAUUGUCGACAAGCGCGAGGCCAGCCGCCUCGCCUGGCAGGAAGUCGGCUCCAAGUCCUCUCGCCAGAUGAUUAGGGUCACUGGUCUGGAUAUCGGUGUGCCAUAUCUGUUCAGGGUGAUUGCUGUAAACCAGUAUGGCCAGGGAGAAGCUCACGAGAUGACGCAGCCCAUCAUUGCCACAGAGGAACCCGCACCACCCAAGAGACUGGAUGUUGUUGACACCACUAACUCUACGGCGGCCCUGGUGUGGCUGAAGCCCGAGCAUGACGGAGGCAGCCGCAUCAGAGGCUACAUCGUUGAAUUCAGAGCUAAAGGCACCGACCGCUGGGUUGUUAGUGGAGAGACCAAAUCCCAGAAGAUGUUGUUGGAGGGUCUGAUUCAGAACACAGAGUAUGACUUCAGAGUCAAGGCCAAGAACGAUGCUGGAAUCAGCGAGCCUCAGGGCACCUUCAGCUCUGUGGUCAUUAAAGAGCCUUGCAUCGAACCAACUGCUGACCUCAGCAGCAUCACCAACCAGCUCAUCACCUGCAAGAUCUCCAACACCUUCACAAUUGACAUCCCCAUCAGCGGCAGGCCUGCACCAAAGGUCACCUGGAAGCUGGAGGAGAUGAAGCUGAAGGAGUCCGACAGAGUCUCCAUCAAAACCACAAAGGAAAGCACCACUCUGGUGGUGAAAGACAGCAAGAGAAGCGACAGCGGCAUGUACUACCUGAGCCUGGAGAAUGUUGCCGGUGUGAAGACGUUCACAGUCACUGUGGCUGUUGUUGGCAGACCAACUGCACCCACUGGCCCAGUGGAAAUCUCUGCAGUCUCCUCAGAGUCCUGCAACCUGGCCUGGUCCGAGCCAGCCGACGAUGGAGGCACCGACAUCACCAACUACAUCGUGGAGAAACGAGAGUCCGGCUCUGCCUCUUGGCAAGUAGUGAACUCCAGUGUCAAGAGGACCACCAUCAAAGUGACCCACCUGACCAAGUACAUGGAGUACACCUUCAGGGUCUGCGCUGAGAACAAGUUUGGAGUCAGCAAGUCCACCGAGUCUGCUGCUGUUGUGAUUGAGCAUCCAUACGUUGCUCCAAGUCCUCCAACCCGUCCAGAUGUGGUAUCCGUGUCGGCGAACGCCAUCAGCAUCAAAUGGGACUUGCCGUAUGACGACGGUGGCAGCAAGGUGACGGGCUACUGGAUCGAGAAGAAGGAGAGAAACACCAUCCUGUGGGUGAGGGACAACAAGUUGCCCUGCCUGGACUGCCAAUACAAGGCGUCCAGCCUCAUCGAGGGCCUGGAGUACCAGUUCAGGGUGUACGCCAUGAACAUCUCCGGAUACAGCAAGGCCAGCGAGGCUUCCAGACCCGUAGUGGCGCUCAAUCCUGUUGAUCCUCCUGGUAAACCCGAGGUGACGGACAUCACCCGAUCCUCCGUGUCCUUGUGCUGGACCGUGCCGCUAAACGACGGCGGCAGCCGGAUCGUUGGUUACGUGGUGGAGAGGAAAGUCUACAGCACAGACGAGUGGGACGACAACCGCUGGCUGAAGUGCAACUACACCACCAUCAGCGAGAACUACUUCACCGUCAGCAGCCUGGGAGAGGGAGAGACCUUCGAGUACCGCGUCGCCGCUAAAAAUGCUGCCGGCGUCCACAGUGCCCCCUCGGAGGUCACCGGACCGGUCACAUGCAAGGACGAAUACUCUCCUCCAAAAGCGGAGCUGGACAGUACGCUGGUGGGCGAGACCGUCACGGUCCACGCCGGCGCCGACCUGGUGCUGGACGGGGCCGUGGGGGGGAAACCGGAGCCCACAGUGUACUGGUCGAAGGGCGACAAGAUGUUGGAGCUCGGCGAGAAAUACUCGCUGACCUACACCGCCACUCGAGCCAUGGCCAUCAUCAAGAGCUGCGACAGAUACGACACGGGCAGAUACAUCCUGACCGCCAAGAACGCCAGCGGAUUCAAGACCGCCGCUGUCAGCGUCAAGGUUCUGGACACUCCCGGAGCUCCGGCUGACGAGAUCACCAUCAGCAGGGUGACGGAGGAGAAGUGCACGGUGUCCUGGAAGAUCCCGCUGGAGGACGGCGGAGACAUCGUCACGCAUUACAUCGUGGAGCGCCGCGAGACCAGCCGGCUCAACUGGGUCAUCAUGGAGACGGAGUGCAAGACGCUGUCGUGCGUCAGCUCCCGGCUGAUCAAGAGCAACGAGUACGUCUUCAGGGUCAGAGGAGUCAACAAGUUCGGACCUGGAGUCGCUCAGGAGUCGGAGCCCAUCAUCGCCAGGAACGCCUACACCGUCCCGUCCCAACCGGGAGCUCCGGAGACCACCGCGGUGGGUAAGGAGCAUGUCGUCAUCGAGUGGCUGAAGCCCGAGAGCGACGGAGGCAGCGAGAUCAAAACCUACAUCGUGGACAAGCGAGAGACGAGCAGCACCAGGUGGACUCGGGUGAAUAAGAAUUACACUAUCUACGACACCCGCCUGAAGAUCACGGGCCUGCUGGAGGGCAGCGAGUACCAGUUCAGGGUGACGGCCGUCAACGCCGCAGGAGACAGCCAGCCGAGCGACACCUCGCCGUACAUCCUCUGCAGAGAGCCCACAUACACCCCGGCUCCUCCAUCAACGCCUCGUAUCAAAGACACGACGAAGCACAGCAUCAGCCUGGCCUGGACCCGGCCCAUGUACGACGGCGGCUCGGACGUCAGCGGCUACGUGGUGGAGAUCCUGGAGGAGGGCACCGAGCAGUGGUACCGCGCCACCGCCAAAGCCCUCAAGACCACCCAGUACGUGGCCGCCGGCCUGGCAUCCAACAGGAAGUACAGAUUCAGAGUUGCUGCCAUCAACUGCAAGGGCACUGGGGAAUUCAGUGAACCGAGCGCCGAGGUUGAGCCGCUGGAGAGAAUCGAAAUGCCCGACCUGGAGUUGGCCGACGACAUGAAGAAGACAGUGUGUCUGCGCGCCGGAGGAACCAUCCGUCUGGUCGUGUUUGUUACCGGCCGGCCGGCACCAGUGGUGGCCUGGAGGAAGUCGGGCGUGGAGCUGCAGAGCCGCGGCUAUAUUGAGACCACCGACAGUUACACCGCCCUGACGGUGGAGAAGAUCAGUCGCUACGACUCCGGAAAAUACGUUGUGGAGGCAGAGAACCCAUCCGGCAAGAAGACUGCCACCAUCCUGGUGAAAGUCUACGACACUCCUGGUGCUCCGGGUUCUGUGAACGUGAAGGACUACACCAAGGAGUCCGUGGUGAUCACCUGGGACGUCCCGAGCAUUGACGGCGGCGCUCACGUCAGCAACUACAUCAUCGAGAAGCGUGACGCCAACAUGAAGUCGUACAAGACCGUGACCACUGAAUGCAGGAAGACCCUGUUCAGGAUUAGCGGUCUGGAGCAGGGAGUGCACUACUUCUUCAGAGUCCUGCCCGAGAACAUCUACGGCGUGGGCGAGCCCUGUGAGACGACCGAGGCCGUAAUGUUGUGCGAGGUCCCGUCUAUGCCUCAGGACCUCCAGGUCGUCGAUGUCACCAAAUCCUCUGUCACUCUGCACUGGCUGAAGCCGCUGCACGACGGCAGCAGCAGGUUGACCGGCUACGUCUUAGAAGCCUGCAAGGUGGGGGCGGACAGGUGGAGCGUCGUGGCAACAGUCAAGGCCUCGGUGUCCCAGCACACCAUCCAGUCUCUGACCGAGAACGACCAGUACCUGUUCAGGGUUCGAGCCACUAACAGCAGGGGGGCCAGCGAGCCGAUGGACACCGUCACUCCUGUUGUUAUCCAGGAUAUCAAGGUGAUGCCCAAGAUCGACAUGACCAACAUCCCUCAGAAGAUCGUCCAUGUACACCGCGGCAAACCCAUCGACCUCAACAUCCCCAUCAAGGCCCAGCCACAGCCGGUCUGCUCCUGGUUCUUCUGCGGCGUCAAGCUGAAGGACAGCCUGGACCGCAUCAAGAUAGAGAGCAACGGAAAAUACACCCACCUCGUCAUCCGCGAAACCACCAUCAACGACACAGGAAACUACUCGCUGGAGGUGAAGAACGCAGUCGGCACGGCAAAAGAGGUCAUCAAGGUCAUCAUCCUCGACAAACCCGGCAUCCCAGUCGGCCCAGUGAAGAUCGAGGAGAACGACGGUGUGUCGGUGACAAUCAGCUGGGAACCUCCAGAGAAGGACGGGGGUGCCAACGUCAGCGGCUACGUGGUGGAGCAGCGCGAUGCCCACCGGCCGGGCUGGAUCACCAUCUCUGAGUCUGUGACCCGACCCUGCUUCAAGUUCACCAGGCUGAACGAGGGUACCGAGUACGUGUUCCGCGCCGCCGCCAUGAAUCGCUUUGGUGUCGGCAGCUUCCUGCAGUCUGAGGUGGUGGAGUGCAAGAGCGCUAAGACCAUCCCUGGACCUCCGAGAGAGCCAGAGGUGCUCGAUGUCACCCACGAGGGCAUGACCCUGACCUGGCAACCGCCCGAGGACAACGGUGGCUCCACCAUUGCCGGCUACAUCAUCGAACGCAAAGAGGCGCGCUCCGACAGGUGGAUGAAGAUCAACAAAAACCCCGUCACCAUGACACGGUACCGCUCCUCUGGUCUGAUAGAAGGCCUGGAGUAUGAACACCGGGUCACCGCCAUCAACUCCAGAGGAUCCGGCAAACCCAGCGAGAGCUCAGCCAUCACUGUUGCAAUGGAUCCCAUCGAGCCUCCAGGUCCUCCAAUUCAGCCCAGAGUCACCGACACCACCAGGACCUCAGUCACUCUGGCCUGGCAGCCCCCAGAAGAAGAGGGCGGUGCCGUCAUUACUGGUUACUUCAUCGAGAUGCAGAAGGUGGACCAGGUGGAAUGGACGCUGUGCAACACCACAGCCACUAAGAUGUGCGAUUACACGCUCACCCACAUGCCCCAGGGCGCAGAGUACAAGUUCAGGGUCAUCGCCUGCAACGCUGGCGGUGUUGGAGAGCCUGCUGAGAUCUCUGGAGUGGUUAAAGUCCAGGAGAUGCUUGGUCAUCCCGACUACGAGCUGGAUCACAGUUAUGAGGAGGGCUACGUGGUGCGGCAGGGCGGAGUCAUCCAUCUGUCUGUACCCAUCACGGGAAAACCUCUCCCGAUAUGCAAGUGGACCAAGGACGGCCGUGACAUCUCGCACCGGGCCAUGAUUGCCACCCAUGAUGACAUCACCGAACUGGUCAUCAAAGAGGCGCACAAAGAUGACACCGGUACCUACGACCUGGUGCUGGAGAACAAAUGUGGCAGGAAGGCCGUAUACAUCAAGGUGAAGGUGAUCGGUCGCCCUGACAUCCCAGAAGGCCCUCUGGAGUUUGAUGACAUUCAGGCCAGAUCGGUCCGGGUCAGCUGGAGGCCACCGUCAGAUGAUGGUGGCGCAGACAUUCUGGGAUACAUCGUGGAAAGGCGGGAGGUACCGAAGGCCGCCUGGUGCACAGUUGACUCCCGGGUAACCGAGAACUCUCUGGUGGUGAAAGGCCUGAAGGAGAAUGUGCAGUACCACUUCAAGAUUUCUGCCGAAAACCAGUUCGGCAUCAGCCGAUCUCUCAAGUCAGAGGAGGCUGUUACACCCAAAACACCACUAUGCCCUCCAGAGCCUCCCAGCAACCCCCCAGAGAUCAUGGAAGUGACCAAGACCACGGUGUCUCUGUCCUGGGCCCGGCCCCGGGACGAUGGAGGCUCCCGCGUCACAGGGUACUUUGUAGAAAGGAGAGAGGUGUCGACAGAGAAGUGGGUCCGACACAACAAGACCCACAUCACCACCACCAUGUACAACGUCACCGGUCUGAUCCCCGAUGCAGAGUACAUGUUCAGAGUGGUGGCUCAGAACGAUGUUGGGCAAAGCGAGCCUGGUCCUGCUUCAGAGUCCAUGGUCUGCAAAGAUCCCUUUGACAAACCCAGCCAACCAGGAGAAAUCUCCAUCAUCUCCAUCACCAAAGACUGCAUCACCAUCCACUGGCUCAGGCCAGAGCAUGACGGCGGAAAGGAGAUUCUGGGCUACUGGAUCGAGUUUAGGGAAGCGGGAGAAAGUGCCUGGAAGAAGUGCACCAAGGAGCGCUCCAAAGAUCGUCAGUUCACCAUGGGUGGUUUGAUGGAGGCCACCGAGUACGAGUUCAGGAUCUUCGCUGAGAAUGAGACUGGACUCAGCCGACCUCGACGCACGCCCAUGGGCAUCAAGACCAAACUGAGCGUUGGUGAGAUUCCAGCUUUGAAGGAAGAGAUCCAGGACGUAACCACCAAGCUUGGCGAGUCCGGCACUCUCACUUGUGGCAUCAUUGGCAGACCUCUACCCGAGAUCAAGUGGUACCGCUACGGCAAGGAAUUGAUCCAGAGCCGCAAGUACAAGAUGAGCUCAGAUGGCCGUAACCACUCCCUCGUCAUCAUGACGGACCAGCAGGAGGAUGAAGGCACGUACACCUGCAGGGCCAUCAACGAAGCUGGAGAGGUCGAGACCAGCGGUAAACUGCGACUGCAGGCAGCGCCCCAGUUCCACCCUGGCUUCCCUCUGAAGGAGAAGUAUUACGCUGGGGCCGGCACAAGCCUCCGCCUCCAUGUCGUCUACAUCGGACGACCCAUCCCUCAAAUUAUGUGGUUCUACGACAAGAAGCCCCUGAACGCAUCCGAGAAUGUUAUUAUUGAAAACACUGAAAGCUACUCCCACCUGGUGGUGAGGAACGCCCAGAGGAAGACCAACGCCGGCCGCUACAAGGUGCAGCUCAGCAAUGUGUACGGAACCGUUGACACUGUGCUCCGCGUUGAAAUCCAAGAUAAACCAUCCAUCCCUGAGGGCCCUGUUGUUGUUGACGCGCUUCUGAAGAGCUCUAUUGUCAUCAGCUGGAAGGCUCCAAAGGAUGACGGAGGCUCCAUGAUCACCAACUACAUCGUGGAGAAACGUGAGGCCAAAGAAGGCGAGCAGUGGCAACUGGUGUCCUCCUCCAUUUCUGGCACCACCUGCCGCAUCCCCAACCUGAUAGAGAGCGCCGGCUACUACUUUAGAGUCUCUGCCAAGAACCAAUACGGAGUCAGUGAGUCUCUGGAGAUCCCGUCAGUGGUCAUCGUUAAGAGUCCAUUCGAAAAACCUGGCAUCCCACAACAGCCCUUCAUCAUCAGCUCCACCAAGGACUCCUGUGUGGUCUGCUGGAAGCCUCCAAGCAGCGACGGUGGAGCUAAAAUCUCCAGCUACUACCUGGAAAAACGUGAGAAGAAGCAGAACAAGUGGAUGUCAGUAACCAGCAAGAAGAUGGUGGAGACCAGCUUUGAGGUCACAAGCUUGAUCGAGGGCUUCGAAUAUGAGUUCCGCGUCAAGUGUGAGAACUUGGGCGGUGAAAGCGACUGGAGUGAGAUCUCGGCGCCGAUCACCCCCAAGUCCGACCAGGCUCCCCGUGCUCCCGCGUUCAGGGAGGAGAUCCGGGACAUGACCGCCAAAUACCAGGCCAAUGCCACCUUUGUCACCAAGGUGGUGGGAUAUCCCAAACCUCUGGUGAAAUGGUACCGCAGUGGAAAAGAAAUUGAGGCUGAUGGAACCAAGAUUAAAGCCCAGGAGUUCAAGGGAGGCUACUACCAGCUGGUCAUCACCGCUGCUGAUGAGACCGAUGCCACCGUUUACCAAGUCAGAGCAACCAACUCUUCAGGAUCCAUCUCUACAACAGCCAACCUGGAGGUGGAAGUUCCUGCUAAGAUCUACCUGCCCAAGGAGCUCCAGGGAAUGGGAGCAGUCAAUGCUCUCCGUGGUGAUCACGUCACCAUCAAGAUCCCCAUCUCUGGCAAGCCUGAGCCAGCAAUCAUCUGGCAGAAGGGACAGGAGAUCCUCUCCAACUCUCCUUAUCACCAAGUCAUCACCACCAGAUCUUUCACCUCCCUGGUGUUCCAGAAGGGAAUGGAGAGGAAGGAUACUGGCUACUACAGUAUAACAGCAAAGAACAGGUUUGGAACAGACAAGCAAACCAUUGAGGUGAACGUGGCUGACAUACCUGAAGCUCCGAAGGGUCUGGUUGUCAGCGACAUCGCUCGGGACUCCAUCACUUUGACCUGGGAGCCACCUGCCAAUGAUGGUGGAAGCAACAUCAUUAACUACAUUGUGGAGAAGUGUCCCACCACUGCCGACAGGUGGAUCCGUGCUGGACAUACCACUGACUGCAGCAUUACCAUUAUCAACAUUUACGGAAAGACCAAGUACCAGUUCCGCGUCAUCGCCGAAAACCAGUUUGGCCUGAGCCCUCCUUCUCAGCCAACGGAGCCCAUUAGCACAAAGGAAGACAAGUCUGUGAUUAGGAACUAUGAUGAGGAAGUGGACGAAACCAGAGUGAUCACCGUGGAGGAGGCUCUGGUCUACAAGGUGAAGGAGCUUUCCUCCAAGUACGUCAUCUCUGAGGAAAUUGCUCGCUGCCAGUUUGGAGUGGUCCACCGCUGCACGGAGAUUGCCACAAAGAAGACUUUCAUGGCCAAGUUCAUCAAGGUCAAAGGAACGGACCGUGAGUUGGUUCUCAGAGAAAUUGAAGCUCUCAACGUAGCAAGGCACUUGAAUAUUAUCUACCUCCACGAAUACUUUGAAAGCAUGGAGGAGAUCAUCCUGAUCUUUGAAUUCUUGUCUGGAGUUGACAUCUUCGAGCGCCUCGGCACUAGCAACUUUGAGCUGACAGAGCAGGAGAUUGUCCGCUACCUGAGACAAGUCUGCUCUGCCCUCAAAUUCAUGCAUAGUCACAACUUAGGCCACUUUGAUAUCCGCCCAGACAACAUUGUCUAUACUACAAAGAGAAGCACCACCAUAAAGAUUAUUGAGAUGGGUCAGGCUCGGCUGCUGGUGCCAGGAGAAAACAUCAGAAUGCUGUUCUCCGCUCCGGAGUACUGCGCCCCUGAGAUCCACCGUCACGACAUGGUCUCGACAGCCACCGACAUGUGGUCUGUUGGUGUAUUGGCCUAUGUUUUGCUCAGCGGCCUUAAUCCGUUUGGGGCAGAGUCCAUUACACAGAUGAUUGAGAACAUCUCCAACUGUGAAUACAUCUUUGACAGUGAAGCAUUUAAGGAUAUCAGCCUGGAAGCGAUGGACUUUGUCGACAGACUUCUGGUCAAAGACAGGAAGCUCCGUAUGACUGCCCACGAGGCCCUGGAGCACCCAUGGCUCAAGAUGAAGAUUGAGCACGUGAGCAGCAAGGUCAUUCGGACAUUGAGACACAGAAGGUACUACCAAACUCUGGUAAAGAGAACGGAUACCAUUGUAUCUGCAGCCCGUGUGGCCUAUGGCGGCGCCUUCAAGAACCAGAGAGGAUUGGCCGUGGGCAAAGUGAAGAUCGGAACCGAGUACCACGGCCUUCGCACUGGCCCAGUCAUGCAUGGUUCCGCUGAAGAAGGCGGCCAUGUCAGAUUCACUUGUAGCAUCACCAACUAUGACAAGAGUACUCAGGUGUCAUGGUACUACGGAAACCGUCAGCUGCACGCAAGCACCAAGUAUGAAAUCACGUACAGUAAUGGUUUUGCCAGCAUCUAUGUCAAGGACAUUGAAGAGAGUGAUGAUGGUGUCUAUAGAUGCAAGGUGGUGAGUGAUGAGGGAGAGGACAGUGCUUAUGGAGAACUCUUUGUUGAGACCGUGAGGAGCAUCAGAGAGUACUACGUCAGCCGCUCCAUCAAGAAGAUGAGGAGGAGAGUCGACAGGACUAAACUCCUGCAGAGGCCACCAGAGUUCACUCUGCCGCUCUACAAUCGCUCUGCGUACCUUGGCGAAGAUGUGCGCUUUGGUGUCACUAUCACUGUCCACCCGGAGCCUCAUGUGACAUGGCUGAAGAAUGGGGAGAAAUUCAAGCCUGGUGAAGAUGACAGGAAGUACACGUUCACCAGCGAUAAGGGUCUUUAUCAGUUGAUGAUCCACAACUUGAGUUUGGACGAUGAUGCAGAGUACAUGGUCAUGGCCCACAACAAGUUUGGAGAAGACAGCUGCAAGGCCCGUCUCACUGUGACACCUCAUCCUGUAACUGAGGAAACUAUGAGGCCAAUGUUCAAACGUCUGCUGGCUAAUGUCGAUUGUGUCGAGGGACACAGCGUCCGCUUCGAGCUCAGAGUCUCAGGAAACCCAACUCCUGCUCUGAAAUGGCAGAAGGACGGCCAUUCACUCCAGUUUGGUAACAAGGUUGUUGUCAUACAGGAAGACGUUGACUACCAUGUCUUGCACAUCAGUGAUACUCUGAUCGAGGACGCCGGUUUGUACAAGGUUACUGCAACCAACUCUGCUGGCUCUGUAAGCUGCCAGGCUACACUGAAGGUGGACCGCCUUACCUACACCAGGAGAGAGUAUAAGAACGAGGAGGAGAAAUACAGACACGUACAGAAACAAAUUGAAAAGACGAACAAGAUGGCCCUGAAAAUUGUUGCCACUGAGGAGCACAUACCUUUCAACCCAACAGCCCAGGACGCACUCAAAUUCGCUGCAGAAAUGUACAAGCCUGCAGUGAGCACCAAGAACGUUGAGGGCGAAUUCGACAUCACAGUGGAGAAGUCUGAGACCAAGAAGCUGGAGGAGGAGAGGAGGAUCUUCAUGCCGUAUGAGAUCCCCGAGCCUGUGGUCCAUGAUCCCAGAGCUCUGGAUGAGGACAAAACCAUCAAACAGUUUGUGCCUCUCUCUGACAUGAAAUGGUACAGAAAACUUAGGGACCAGUAUGAGGUUUCAGAGAAAAUGGAGAGGAUUGUGCAGAAGAGACAGAGACGUAUUCGCCUGUCCAGGUGGGAGCAGUUCUAUGUCAUGCCCCUCCCGAGAAUCACCGACCAGUACAGGCCAAGAUGGCGUAUUCCAAAAUUCACUCUGGAUGACUUGGAGACCGUCAGGCCCGCCCGCCGGUCACCGUCUCCUGAAUCAGAGGUCUCCUUCAGAUCCAGAAGAAGAUCUCUGGGAGACAUUAGUGAUGAGGAGCUGCUGAUGCCUGUGGAUGAUUACCUUUCUAUCAGGAGAACAGAGGAGGAGAAAAUGAUGCUGGAGGACGAACUGGAGCUUGGCUUUUCUGCCUCUCCUACCCGGUGUCCUGUCCACAUGGAGCGACGUACCAGGGAACUUGAAGAGAGGCAGGAGGUGAGGUACGAAGCCGUCGAGGUCGUUGAGACAAAGAAGAAACGCACAGUCUCUCAGUUCAUGAGGAGGAGACGGUCACUUUCUCCCACAUACAUCGAGCUCAUGCGGCCAGUCUCAGAGCUUAUCAGAUCACGUUCCAGGCCGCCCGUGGAAGUGGAGGGAGAGGUCGUAGCUAGAAGGUCCCCGACCCCUGAGAGGACUCGUCCACGCUCUCCCAGCCCCAUUAGGUCUGCUGAGAGGUCAUCUCGCUCCUCCUCCAGGUUUGAGCGCUCUGCCCGCUUUGACAUCAUGUCCCGCUACGAGGCCAGAAAGGCUGCCCUGAAGUCGGAGAGGAAGUACCAGGUGGUUAGUCAGACACCCUUCAGCUUGGACCAUAUGCCCCGCGUGACCGUCAGGAUGCGCUCUCAUCGCAUACCGAUUGGCCAAGACACCAAAUUCACCCUGAACAUCCAGAGCAAGCCAGAGGCCGAGGUCAAGUGGCUCCACAAUGGAACUGCAAUCUCUGAAAGCAGUGAGAAGUACGUCUUCACCAACAUGAGCGGUGUUUUGUCCAUCACUAUUCUGGGCAGCCAGGAGGAGGACAGUGGCACAUACCGCUGUGUGCUCUCCAACUCUAAGGGAGAAGCUUCCGACUAUGCCACCCUCGAUGUGUCAGGUGGCGGCUACACCACCUUCUCCUCUCGCCGCAGGGAUGAAGAGGUUCUCAAAGGAUAUGUCCCUGACGUCACUCGAAUUGACCACUAUCACACCAGCCACUUCAAAGCUGGCUAUGCUUGGCAGACCGACCUUCAGGUGGAGGAGAGCAAAUCUAAGCUUACCGAGACCCGUGAAGUUGUGACACGUGGAAGAUAUGCUUCCUCCUCUGAGAGGUACUCCUCUGCUGAGAGGUAUGAUUCAUCCAUCAAGUAUGCCUCUGCUGAUUACCUGUCAUCAGAUUCCUCCUACUCAUCGGAACAGUUCUCUUUGGCUGGGAAACGCACCAUGUCUGAAGCUCAAGCAAAGUUAUCUUCUGCUUCUGUUGCUGAGGAAGUUGCUGUCCACAAGGAGAAGCCUUCUCUUCCUGCCAAAAUCCUCACCAAGCCCCAGUCUGUGACCGUUGCAGAGGGAGAGACAGCCAGAUUCUCCUGUGACAUCGAUGGGGAACCUGCACCAACUGUGACAUGGAUGCACGAGAGCAGAACCAUUGUCUCAUCCCACCACGUCCGGGUCACCACCACUCAAUACAAGUCCAGCAUGGAGAUCUCCUCUGUGACGGCGUCUAAUGAAGGCCGUUACACGGUGGUGGUAGAGAACUCAGCAGGCAGGCAGGAGGCUCACUUCACCUUGACCAUCCGCAGACCAGCUCCCAAAGAGGUCACGGCUGUCAAAUCCCCUGAGCCACUUGUGAAGUCGCCCACUCCCAGUGUGAAGUCACCAGAGCCUUCAGUCACAUCACCUGCUCCCUCCAUAGCUUCACCUGUCCCCAGCAUCAAGUCCCCUGAGCCGUCAAUCAAAUCACCAGCUCCCAGUGUGAAAUCUCCUGAACCAAGCGUGACGUCUCCUACUCCAAGUGUGAAGUCACCAGAGCCUUCAGUCACAUCACCUGCUCCCUCCAUAGCUUCACCUGUCCCCAGCAUCAAGUCCCCUGAGCCGUCAAUCAAAUCACCAGCUCCCAGUGUGAAAUCUCCUGAACCAAGCGUGACGUCUCCUACUCCAAGUGUGAAGUCGACAACGCCGAGUGUGAAGUCUCCUGAACCUGAGAGAGUUACGUCACCACAGGGUGUAAAAUCCCCUGAACCCAGACACAAGUCACCACCACAAGUCAGGUCCCCGGAGAGAGUAAAGUCACCCGAACCUGCAGGUGUCAAAUCACCAAUCGGUGUCAAAUCCCCAGAACCUGCAGGAAUGAAAUCACCAAUCGGUGUCAAAUCUCCAGAACCUGCACGAGUCAAAUCCCCAAUAGGUGUCAAAUCCCCAGAACCUGCAGGAAUCAAAUCACCAAUAGGUGUCAAAUCCCCAGAACCUGCAGGAAUCAAAUCACCGAGAGGAAUCAAGUCCCCAGAACCUGCUGGAAUCAAAUCCCCAGAACCUGCAGGAAUCAAAACACCAAAAGGAAUCAAGUCCCCAGAACCUUCAGGCAUCAAAUCACCAAUAGGUGUCAAAUCCCCAGAACCUGCAGGAAUCAAAACACCUUUGAGGGUGAAGUCUCCUCCUCCCAUCAUGGCCCCCAAGAGGGUUGUGUCUCCACCCACCGUCAAAUCCCCAAUCCCGCAACCUCCCAAGGUCCUGAGUCAGCUGAAGGCCGAGGCCAGCGAGGGCUCGGUGAGGAUGUCCUGUGUCUGCGAGAGCAGUGUCAGGGAGGCGGUGUGGUACCUGAACAGGAGGAGGAUUUCACAGAGCAGCCACUUUGAGAUGCACUACUCCGAGGGCUCCUGCAGCCUUCUAAUCCACGAUCUGGUGGACAGUGAUCAGGGAGAGUACACGUGUGAGAUGACAUCAGAGGGAGGAAUGUCCAAAUCCUCUUUCUCCUUCAGCGGACAGGUCUUCCAGUCCAUGCGCAUGAAGAUCACAGCCUACCGUGAGCAGCAAGUGGCUCUUAGAGCUGAGCAGCAAGUGGCCCUUAAAGCAGCAGGAUCGAUGGCGAUGAGCCACAAGGAGUCGUCAUCCUCCUCCAUGAGCUCAUCCAUGAUGAUGAAGAAAGAAAUGCACAUGAUGGAGGAGUCGUCCGCCUUCUCCUCCUCCUCUUCAUCUGCCCAGCACGCCAUGAUGUCAUCCAUGAUGGAGUCCAGCUCCCUCAGCAGCAUGGCAGCGGAGAUGAAGUCCAGCUCCCUCAGCAGCAUGGCAGCGGAGAUGAAGUCCAGCUCCCUCAGCAGCAUGGCAGUGGAGAUGAAGUCCAGCUCCCUCAGCAGCAUGGCAGCGGAGAUGAAGUCCAGCUCCCUCAGCAGCAUGGCAGCUCAGAUGAAGCUUGAAACCAUGUCCAUGUCCAGCACGUCCUCCAUGGCAUCAGAGUCAUACGCCAUGAGCUCCGGCAGCUCCUCCCACAUGGAGGGAUCCUCCUUCAGAGCAAUCGGUUCUGCUCCCAGGAUCGAGGCUCUGCCGGAGGACAUCAGCAUUGAGCCGGGCAAAGUCCUGACCGUCACCUGCGCCUUCUCGGGCGAGGCCAAGCACAUCCAGUGGUCCCGCAGCGGCAGAACCAUCGAGGAGUCGGCCGGCGGACGCUUCCACAUCGACACCUCGGAAGACCUGACCACCCUCAUCAUCACCGGGGUGAAGGAGGAAGACGCCGGGACCUACACCCUGAAGCUGGGCAACGAGCUCGGCUCCGACACGGCGACCGUUCACAUCAGCAUUCGAUCAGUGUAGAAACAAAGAAAUCUAAUUCCCCCCCUCCCCGUACCUUUUUUAUUUAUUAAUCGAACGAAAUAAUCGACAUGAUAAAGAUCUGGAUUCUGUAAAUAUGAACUAUUUUUGUACCAAUCUUGACAUUAAUUUAUGCCAAACUAGACUCAAAGUCUAACGUUGUUAUAAAAUGUGCCAUAUUGGAUAACUAUGACUUAGGAUUUUUGAUCCAUUUUUCUGUGACAUGUACAUAAUGUAUAUAGCCGAAUUGAACGGUUAUGGGAAAUGUAUGCAUAGUUAUUUAUGACGAUGAUAUGAACUGAAACUAAAAGCAACUACAUUCGACAGGAGAAAGUUCCCAUGAACGAAUACCCUGUCGAACGGAGCAACUAAACUUUGUGCCUCAACGUUAAGUUGAAGUCUAAAGAUUGCCUCAACAGGUGAGAGGCUCCCUGUUGACGUCCGUCUCUAUCGGAGACGGAACUACUUUGUAACGAGGGCGUGAGGUCCCGAGCGCCGCCGGCGUCACCCUCACGAAGGCGGCGUGACCGGACCUCGCGCUCCGACUGAUUACGUCAUACCGCCGUUUCAAUGACACGCUCACAGUGCGAGCGGCACGCACUCCCUGAGCACAAGUGUUCUUUUUAUUUUUAUUUUUUUCCGGAGCUCUGCUUCUGGCAAAGCGCCCGCCGGCUCGCUCGGCCCCCGCGUCGCUCCUCCGACCCGGCCGGUCGCGGAGAGACGAGGGUCCGAGUCCUCGGCGCUCGCGUUGCAGCGGCAGAGCCGCUCCGGAGGCUGCACCGUGUGCGUGUGUUUAGUUUGUAGGAGUCCGUCGAGCCGGGUCGGCGCCGCGCGGCUCUCGACAUCCGCCGCCGCCGCCCGGCGCUUUGCUUCGACCGGACUGGAGUGGUUUCGUUUCACAGCCUCCUGGAGGUGUUCUCCAAAUAUUGAUUUAAUAAAGCAUGAUUCAGCACUACA